AUGGCGCGUCAUUGGAGAGGGACGAUGAUGGCGGCGGUCGGUGCACCAGAAGUGAUCACACAGCUGGAAAGCGCUGCCAAAGUUUUAAUGGUGAGAAAUUUAACGUUAAUUUUGAGCUGUGAGUCAGGGGAAGGUGUGUGUAUGUUGACUACGAGCCAGUGUGUGUUUAUCGGUCGGGAUUUCGGGCAGUUGUGAGCGCGUUCCCCGUUUUUGUUGUUAAAUGUGUGGAGUUUGUCUCACCGUGGGAGCGAUAGAGAGCGAUGCGUGGCGCCUUCUCUUUGCCUCUCUCCAUCCCGCAAAAUGCUCAUUUUAACCCCCCCUCCUCUUAGUUAAAUCCAAGUCAACCCUCUCAUGUAAGUCAAACCAUCAUGAAAUAUAUAAACACUGAUUCGGACGUUGUUUCUGGAAACUUCUGCUCUCCUCUCCAGACCUGGAUGUUACAUCAAGUUUUUAUUGCGCUCUGGAGACAUUUGGAGCAUCACUGUGCUGAUAAUUCACUCAUUAAACCGCUUUAGCUCUCUCUGUACCCCUAAAACACGUUUAAAAAUGCUAUUUCACCCUCCUUUUUCGGCAUCUCUACACCCUUUAGACCCCACUGGAUGAAACAACCCUGACUCCACAAGCUAAGAGCUAACCAUGUGCAUCCCAUGAGUCUGUGUGCUGUGCUGGAUAAAUAAGCUAGCUAUUGGCCUUUUUUUGCUUUUCUACCAUUUUCAUUCACAUUUGUGUUCGUUUUCUAUCUGAUACUGCUCUGUUGAACUCUCAGACUAUCUUUUCUCGUGGUUAAGUUGCUGCACAUUAACACCAUGUCAGCUAAACAGGCGCUUCACCCUCACGCUGCAGUCAGCAGGUGUUUUCUGGCUGAGCGCUUAGCACUAUCUUGCUUCGUUUUUGGUAAAUAUCUCAAUAUAAUGAAUAUUUAGACGUGUGAGAAGAACCUACAGCAUAUUCAGCACAUCAGUACAAAGCCCUGGAUGGUUUUAACACUGUGGAUUGUGUUGUAGAAGCAGCAACCAUUGUGAUCAGUAUGAUAUGAUGUUUUUAUCUGCUUUAGGUCGAUUUUAUCACAUCAUGAGGUGUUGUUUGUUGAUUUGGCCUCUCCUAGGGUUUAGCUACAUAAGACAAAUAUUUUGACCAACCAGUUUUUGGCCUUUUGAUAUGAUCAGUAGCAAACUGAGAGUAACAAGUUCAAUGCAAACAGCAAAACAUAGGGGUUAAAGUAACACCAGUAAAUAUGAGUGUGGAUUAGAUGCAACCAGUGACCUCCCCAAUUCACCUUUGCACUUAAGGUUUAUAUUGUUUUUUCUAUAACCAAUACAUUAAAUGAGAGUGCGGGUCAGUGACAGUUUAGUAUGUAAUGGUAAUAACAUGAGUGUUUUCUUGGUUUCCAUUUGAUGAAAGACAUUCGUCCAUAUUUAUUUGGAUAUAGAUUGUUGUUGUUCACCGUUUAGCCUUACCCAUUAACGCUUGUUAUCACUGCAGCCUCUCAACCCUCAUUCUCUCUUUUUCCCUCUGUUUUACUAACACACCUGCUCUUCUCCCUGGCUGCAUUACACAGCGGCCCUUUCUCUACCCAUGGCUUCGUGAUGAUUAGUACUCUUAAGAGAUCAGUGUUCUCCACUAAAAUAUGAAUGGACACUUGUAAGAACUUAAAUGUUCAAUCAAAGGAGUUUACCUGAAUCUUACAAUUGGACCCAGUAUUUUGGUUGAUUUUAUUGCAUAACAAAGCCCAGUUUUUGUUGGAUGAAGAACUUUUAGUGAUUGAGGCUGAGCUCUGGAGCAAGAAAUAUUUUUGUCCUAGAACGUGGACUAUUAUUUAUUCAAAUAUUAGGGUUUGAAAAUAACUGAUUGGAAGCAUUGUUGUCCAUUUGAAGUUUAAUGUCUCUUGAAGUUGUUUUUCUUCUACCUCUGCUUUGGUCUCUCCCAAAUGUUGAAGUAUUUGUCUUUCUUUUAGCUCCUAUAUGCUUCCCUAUGUAUAAAUAGCUAGACAAUUUUUUUCUGCCUGUGUUUUAGUGUUUGAAAAGUGGCACACAGUGGGGCUAGAGGUCCAUAUUUGUUGGAAACAGUUGUCUGUUGUGGUUGAAAUGGCACUUAUAAGUGCGAUGAGAUCCAUUUUAUACAGAAGGUGUGGACUGUAAAAUCAAAAUAACCUCUGUGUGGCCCAGGUGAUAAAGUGGUCUGUAAGUUGUCCUAUUUUAGUCACACAUCAAAGAAUAAACACAAUUACUCUGAUAAUGUAAAGGAUUAAGUUAAAGAACAAGAAACAGACUUAUUUCAGGCCAAAGCUACAUCAGCAUUUCAGAGACCAGUGUGGGUGUUACAGCUUUUUCAAUAGAUAACUGCAGGUAAAAAGAAGUACACAAAAUACCACAGAAAUAUGAUGAAACUUCAAAUUUUAUUUGUGGAUGUUUUUUUUUUUAUUUAUUUUUUGCUGGCUUUUAUUGACAUGAACAGACAGGUGAUGAUCAGUUUUUCUGUUUAUUAUUGAAGAUGUAGUCGUAGAUGGUGGUGGUGUACUAUAAUGUGUCAUAAUGAAUGGUGUUCCUUAUAUUUGGUCCACUUCAUUUUCAAACAUAAGAGGAGCAAAAUUUUAGCGCUCACUCCAGUGCAUCACCAACACCCACUACGACUUCAGCAGUAACUAAAAAGAGCGAUUAUCACCUGACCGUGUCAACGGAAUAUGGAAAUAUAGAAGCUUUUACAUCUUAUUGCAUGAGAGUGCCUGGGUGUUCAUUUGAUUUUGUAGCUGGUGGAUGUACAGAUUAUUUUCAUUAUUCUCAUCAUUCUCAUCAUAGUGUUUUAUGUGCCUCUGUGUGUGUGUGAGUGCAAGCGAGUGUGUGUGUGUGUGUGUGUGUGUGUGUGUGUGUGUGUGUGUGCGCGUGUGUGUACGCAUACGUGAGUGGUGCUCUCAGAUAAAAGGGUCUUUAUUUCCUCUGCUGCCUUCAGCCGCGGCGCUGCUUUUACUGCAAUUAGGCCUGGAAUGUGACUUUCCUGCCGAGCUGUAUCAUGGCGACACUCCUCAAUAAAAGUCUGUGUACAUGAGUGUGUAUUUGUGUGUGCGAUUGCGUUUGUUGGUCUAAUGCCUUGAAUGUUAUUACGGCAGGUUUUCUGCUAUAGGCUAUAUGUUUUUGUUAUUGAAAAUACACUAUUUAUGACCAAAAUGAUGAACUGAGUCUUAUAAUUAAAGCUUAAUUUUGUGUAUUUUUUAUUCCAGGCACCGCCGUCCAUGGUCAGCACAGAACAGAGGCAGCAUGCUGAACAUAUAUUCCUCUCCUUCAGGAAAUCCAAAUCCCCUUUUGCCAUCUGCAAGCACAUAUUAGGUAACUCUUAACCCCAGAAAUUAGUGUACAUGGCUUAUUUUAACCUACAUGAAUACAUAAAUGAUAAACUUUACUAUCGAGGUUCCUAUUUUAUAAUAUAUACAUAGCAAUUAAAUGGUAGCUUCACUGUUCUAUUGCCUUUAUCUACAAAACAAACAAGAUUAUCUGAAUAUUUAAAAGUUUUCUGUGUUUAUGUCUGAGUAAAGGCACAAUCUCUCAAAGCUCCACAGCUGUCAAUUAGUCUGUUUUUCUCUCACUUCCUUUUCUCCUCUCCAGAAACCAGUAAGGUGGACUAUGUGCUGUUCCAGGCAGCCACAGCCGUCAUGGAGGCGGUGGUACGGGAGUGGAUCUUGCUGGAGAAGACGAGCAUCGAGUCACUCCGAGCAUUCCUCCUAACCUACGUCUUACAGAGACCCAAGUAAGAAAGACAAAUAGGGACGUAAAUAGACUUUUGAUAUUUAGCAUGGCAUUCAUAUCUCUUCCUGAAAAGUCCAGCAAGAAUACCUAUACACCUCUUGAUUUUUCUUUAAAUGGAUAUUUUAAGGAGUUGAAUACAAAUGUACAAAAUCAAGCGUAAGCAACAGGUUGGGAAAAGUACAGAAAUAACUGUAUCAAGUAUCCUGAUCUGGCCUUAAAGUGACGAUUGUGAAAGAGGAGAGGGGAGGAGAGAUUGACCUAAAUUACAUCUCCCUACCUGAUUUGAUUUGAUCUUACGCACAUUUGUUUUUAUUUUUUAAGGGAAAGCUUUCAGAGGGAUCAUCACUUGGUGUAUAAUUCAAUCACAGACACCAGCUGAGCAGUGAGAGGGGCAGAGAGAUGAAUGCAAAGGGAGAAAGAGAUCAGAAAAGAUGAGAUAUUCCCUCUAACUUUAUGUUAUUUGAUAUUUAGUGUAGUCGACCUGCUGCCAACAUGACAAACGACAACUUUUUUUUUUCCAAACAACUGUCUUGAACACAACUGAAAGUGAAAGCAUUGUGUGAAAAACAGCCCUCAGGUUGUCACUGACUGUGAUAUUUUUUUGGCUGAAGUCUAUGCAGCUCAUGCUGGCAGUUUGGGUAGUCUCUCUAAAGGUCUGUGUUACAUUAACCCUGUGUUUGUUACACCCACUGUGAGCUGUUCUGGAUCAGAGAAGUGAUUCUAAAGCCUGACCGCCUCCCUCUCUUUUCUCCAGCCUCCAGAAAUACGUCCGUGAGCAGAUCCUGUUGGCUGUGGCCGUCAUUGUGAAGAGGGGCUCUCUUGACAAAAGCAUCAACUGUAAAAGCAUCUUUCAUGAGGUCGGGCAGCUGAUCAGUAGCGGGAACCCCAAUGUGGUGAGAAACGCAUGCACAUGUAUUACAUAAACAACGCUGAACAGAUUUAGAGCACAUUAAUACUAAAAAGAUGAGAUUUGGAUCAUGAAGCCAUGUGAUUUUUUUUUAGGCUUUGGUAUCUGACUGUUCCGUUUCUUAGAUGUAAGACACAUUUGUGUAUUUAAAAUGUUUUUCUAACGUGACCAAAUCAAAAAACUUUUAUUCCAACCGUGUCAGGCAAGAUUUCUCUGUCAGCAGCCUAUCCUUAUGUAUUGCUAAAUUGUUCAUGUAGCUCACAACGCCACCUUAAAAUGGGUAUCCUCACUCUCAGAACAAACAGAAUUUGAAGCAGAAAUGAAAAACUCCUUGGGUUUACCAGAUCGAGUCAGCAGCACAGGAAGCUUGUAUAUAGUGGUUUUACUCUGAUAAACUUCUGUGUUUGUGAGGAGAAACCACUGAAACCACAGCCAGAGCCUCCGUCUAUUGAAUUCAGUUUGAAUCUCAUUUCAUACUUACUCUUAAAUUGGCUAAUAUCUGAUAUUAAACUAAAUGUUCUGCACUGAUUUUGCUGUUUAGACUUUCUGAAAUCGAUUUUAAAUCAAUCUGGAUACGCCAAAUGAGACAGUUGUGAGCUUACUGAAUGUCUUAUUUUGGGUUUCCAGCCCUGGCGGCACUUUGACUGCCAUGAAACCAAAUUAUAGUUUAUGCCACUUCACUGAGUCAUCCUCACAUACAAAAGUAAAUUUGCAUUUCUUGAGGUAAUUACAAAGUUCAGGAAAAUUGACUGUGACUGCAAAUGCUCAGCAGCUUCUCUGCUAGAUUAGUUUUAGAUGAUUAGAGAUUGCCGUUUUUGUGCCACUCACAGUCAAUCUUUGCGUCUAGAGCAGACUGUGUGUUCUUGAAUUACAUUUUUUUCCAAUCCUGUUCUUACUAUAAAAGAUAAAGGCUCAAAAGAUUUCAACAAACUGUAGGUGAAGUUAUAUUACAGGGAUAUUUGGAGAGAUGAACAAAACUGGGUUAAAGCCACAUUUAUCUCCUGCCUUCUUUUGCCACAUUUGCACCCUUGAUUCAGACUUUCUGCUUCUACACGCUCAGACAAUAGAGAGCUCAGUCUGAAAAUCUGACUGUUGAAGGAAAGAAGCUCCAGGCGUGUUCUUGUGGUUUGGAGAAAGUUUAUCAAGCGCCCGUUUGUUUGCUGCACUUGAAUCAACUUUUACGUAAAUCAACGAGCGCUUAUUUUUGGUGCUGUUAACCAAAGUGUGGUCACAAAAAAACAAGAGCCAAUCCUAUCUAUGCCAAUUAAUUGUAAAAAGCACUUAAACAUGGAAAAAAGUUGACCAAAGUGCUGUAGAAUCAAAGAAAAAUACUGUGAGAACAGUAAGAAAAUACCUGAACCAGAAUAAAAUAUAAAAGGCAUUGCUGAUGAAUCAUUUAAUGAGUCCAAAACUGUUUAAUAAAAAUCAAAUUAGUUUAAUUUCCCAGUGCACUACAAACAGGACCCUUUCCCCUAAUCCAGUAGGUGGCACUGUUUCAUGUGUGAAAUAUUUUCAAAUAACAUGAGGCAUGAUGUAUGUUGCAGGUAUGACUGUACUGACCCAGAAGUUAACUCAAAACAAAAGCAAACCCUCAUGGUUUCAGCUGCCAGUAAAGUAGAGAAGAGGUUGUCUUUUGAACUUGAUCUUUUUUUGCAGCAAACCCUGGCUUGCUCCAUCCUCACCGCUCUUCUCAGCGAGUUCUCCAGCUCCAGUAAAACCAGCAGCAUCGGCCUCAGCAUGGAGUUUCACGGCAGCUGCAAGCGCCUGUUUCAGGUUCGAUCCCCUCUGUGCUCCGUGUUUCCCACUAUCAUCGGCUCUAUUUCCUCUGAUCCUUUCAUUUAAGCAUCCCUUCAUCCGUCUUUCAGGAGGACGGCCUGCGUCAGAUCUUCAUGUUAACCAUGGAGGUGCUGCAGGAGUUCAGCCGCAGAGAAAACCUCAACGCCCAGAUGUCGUCCGUCUUCCAGCGCUACCUGGCACUUGCCAACCAGGUCCUUAGCUGGAACUUCCUGCCACCAAAUCAUAUCCUUUCAUUGUCUAAUGCAGGGUGGGCACACAUGAGGUCAGACUCAUAUAUGUAAACAUCUAUAGAUCCUGAAACGUGAUUGGAUGAAUUCUUCAAAAGCCUCCCAGGGAAGAACAGGUCAGUCCAAGUUACUGGCAUAUUUACUUCACUACAUUUUUAAGAUAGUUCUCCACAUCACUUUGCUGCUGUUUUGCAGAAUGAAAUCUUGAGCUCUAGACAGACGCGUGCCUUUUUUCACCUUUUUCAAAAGUUGAGGUGAGGUGAUGUGUGAAUGCAGGUGUUAGGAUUCAGUGAAAUACCUGGCAAAAUAAGUGGGUAGGCCAUUCACGUCUCCAGGUUGUCAACAUUAUGUGCUCUGUUUUUGUGUUUGCCUCUGCUGUGAGGUGCAUGUGUGAAAGGCAGAUACCAGAAAGUAUCACAGCCUGACUGUCCUGAAAUCAACUAAAAAACAUCUGGAGAGCAUAUGUGGAGAAAGGCUUUGCUUUGAGUUGUUAUUCAGAGACUUCAUUUGUUGAAAUCUGGCCCCCUGAAAUAUAUACAUUCAGUUUUCUGUCAUCUAAGUAACAAAGACGUUUGAUUAAUUAAUGUCAGAAUUUUACUCCAUUUUUGGAUGGAGUAGGAUGGAUACUUGAGGAAAUUGCAGAAUUGUGGCGGCUAAAGUCACAGUCAGUCAAACAUUAAACAUCAAAUGAUGAACAUUACAAACAGUCAUUAAAUCAUUCAGAGAUUUAUAAAAACAAGCCAUGGAGUUAAACUGAGAAAAAAACACCUUCUAAUACUCAAUAAAAUAUAUAAAAAUGUACAGUUAGAAAAGUGUAAUGGAAAAUUUAAAUGUGCAUAUGUGUACAAAGAGCCUAAUUUUGUGCUGAAAUCUGCAAAAGAAAUCAGAAAAAAAGACAAAUAUGGAAAGUCAGUAUUUAUACAAAUUGAUGCAUAUCAAACAGCUCCUGUGCAUCAGUGCAUGUGUUUUAGUUUAAGUUUUUGUACUAAGAGUAACGUUGAAACUAAAUUCAGUGUUUGAACUGAGAUUUUGACCCUCAGCCUGAUCGAUAGCUGAGCGGUGUAGCAAUAAAACAAUAUAAAGCAUUUAACUCACAUAUUGCUUGUAAUUAAGUUUGAUUAUAUGACUUAAACAUGAUCAAUUACAUCAUCUUAAUAAAUCUAAUGAAAGCCUGCACGCUCUCAGACCAUAUCCACAAAAAUUCAUGACAAGAACUGUUUAAAUUUCAAACAUUUGCGGAAAAGAAGAAAGAAAAGCAGGUCUUAUUAAGUCCGAUGAAGAAGCUAAAAGUUGUUAAGUGCAGGUGAAAACUUUUGCGUACUUUUUAUAUUCCUUUUAGAUCAACAUGAGUUCCUUUAUGUGUAUAAAUAUCAGAGUCCGUGAGUGAAUGAAUGUGUUUGUGCGGCUCCACAAAUAUGUGAUACUCAGGAAUGCAGAUCUGAUCAUCAGCUUUCCUUUGUAGUUCAUCUCCCGUGCACACGUCCUUAUUAUCUUAGCAGUUGGUCGCAUUAUUGAGCAAACUUCGGCACUUAGUGUGUCGCAGCGUGUGUGUGUGUAUACAAGGCCGGGCUCAUUAUGGCCUAAAUCCCAUCUAGCCUGGCAUCCUCUCGGCCUGUCUGGGGGGAUCUGCAGUGGCGCUCUGCUGCCAGCCAGGGCCAUGUAUCACUUUCAAAGAGGUGUCCAGCAUGUCCAUCUCCGUAUCAUUCCAGGAGCCCUCCACCCCCGCCUUGGCUUGUUGAGGCUCCCCUUGGUAUGCCUGGCACGCUCGGUUUGAUAUGUGUGUGUUCUCAGAGAUGCACUUUUAAGUCCUCCCAGUGUUUGCUUGUGUGAGUGAGUGAGUAUGUGUGUGUGUGUGUGUUGGUUGUUCCAGCCUAUUUUAUACAGCAGUGUAAUUUUGUUAGAGUGUUGGGUGUGUAUGUAAAGCCUCCAGACCAGAGCAGUUGUGCCACAUGUUAUGGACAUUUCAGACGAUGCUUGGAGCAGGUGACUUAUGGGCUUGAAAAUGAUCAAAUCUUGACAGAUGCAAAAGUAGGUGAUGUGUUUUUGCAAAAUGUCAGCAAAUUAUCUGGCAAUUGACAAAUUUAGGACAUGACAUGAAAACGAAAAGUUGACUUUAUCAGGAAGGCUAACUAUCAUCAGUAUGACCAAUUUUUAUCCGUUAAUUUAACAGUAGUUUUCUGUAAUUUACAUAUCCGAAAUGAAAUAAAAUCUUACUAUUUUGAAGGUUUCUUGAAGACUUUAAAUAACUUCAAAAAAAUGCAUUAAAAUGUCUUUGAAGUGACAAUAGAAUGAUUUUCAUAAUCAAAUGGAGGCGUUCACAAAGUUCUUGUUGCCGUAGAUACAGCUGUAGUUGUUUGGUUUCUUGAUGUUAAAUAGUCACAAAUGUUGAUCACAGAAAUAGUAAAGAAGGUCUUGCAUCAUUCUCCUUGAAAGUCUGCGCACAUGUGAGGCCGCAAGUGUCUGCGCUGUUGCUGAAUAGGAGGACAGAUUGAUGAAGACCGCUGGGAGGCCUAAAUGAGCUUGGCCGCCUGUCUGCAAGUGUUACAACACGCUUGUGUCCGUGUGAUGUGACGCUAGCGUGUGCCAGCACCGGUAUCAGGGGGCCUCUCCUUAAUUGACAGCCGCCGCCGCAGCCGCCUUUCAAGCGCAGAUACACGCACUCCUUGAGCAGCUCAAACACCCCGUUUAAAAAAGGCCUCCCUCCUUUAAAGAGCCGAGCGGCAUGUGUGUCAUCUGUCUUCGCCGCCGUCUGAACCCUCCAGCUCUGGUGUCAUCUGGUGGAGAGACACUCCCCGGGCGUCGGUACGACACCGUGUCACUCCACACUGUGCUUGACUCAAGCCGGGGUCGCGGUCAGGGCUGGAGGCCGUGGCAGCAGUCAGGUGCUGUAAAUGGCUGUCUGAGCUGACAGAUAGAUCACCCCUGCCCUGCUGCCGCCUCUCUGCUCAAUCACUUUACUUAUCUAAAUCCUCCGUAUGAUGUUUGGAUGUUUAUAGCAUGUCGGGGAUUGUGAAUUGUAUCGCUUUGAUGGCAGUUUAUUCGAAGGCGAUCUCCCUUUUGGUUUCCUCCCAUCUGUUCUUUUCUUCACCAGUGAGGAAUGUAAAGAUUUCAUGCUGUAUCGCCUCACUAAAACUCAAGUUGUUUCAAUUAAAGCACAGCCCUCCUUACCUCCUCCAGCGAGGCAUUUGAAGUGUGUCCCUCUCCCAACUUUUGAGAUACUACACCAGUACUUUUUUCUUACUUCUGAUGAGUAUUUAAGAAAUAUUUCGUCCCCCAGCAGCCCCAUAGGACGGUUAUUUCUGUGCUGUAGAGUCAACUGUUUUCAGCAGGGCUCAGUAUUCUCAUUAGCUCUUUAGAGGUCAAUUUAUUGGCAUUUUGGCCCUCAGGUUAAGGUUAGGAUUUGGAGUGUGUAAGCUGACACUGCAUGUUUGCCUUGGCCCUGACCUGUUUAAGAAUCCUCAACUACUGCUGUGUAAACACACGUGGAGGGUAUGUACAGAUAAAUGACGUACUAACAGACCUCCAGUUGGUGGGUGUUUUGUCCGAGUAUUGUCACAUUAAAAUGAUUCUGGCCCAAAUUCAAGUUUUUGGGCACGUCUGAACAUAAUAAAAGAAUUGUAGUCUUUGUCAUUUCACAAACUACUGCGAGUAUUGUGAUUUUGAUGAAGUUUUAUGAGUUUUUUUGGCCUCAAUUUUAAUCAUCUGAAAUGUUUCUGUUGUGAACUCAACAAUACUGAGGUGGAUUUAAGAUAUCUGGAAGUGUGAAACUUGCAGAUUGUAUUUUCAAACUUCUAUAGCCACAUAACAAAUUAAAUUUCUCUUUGGGGGUACAUAAAGUUAUUCUUAAUUUAUUAAGAAACUGAGUGGGGCCCAAGUUCUCUUUACACAACUUUUUAUUUGGGCCCAUAAGCAUUACUUUAUGUCUGAUUUACCUCGACCAUCCACUUUCUGAUCCCAAGUUUGCAUCAAGCCCGGUGGCCUGAUUGAUAUAUUGUUGUUUUAAUUCAGUUGUGGGUGAUUAAAUGACAACUGCUGUCUAAACAGAUGGGAGUCGAGCAGUAGGAGGAAAUGGAAAAGAAAAGGAGGAGGAGGGGGCCGGGUUGUUGAGGAGGUAUUCCUGGACUGUUAUUUCACAUGGCGAGGCGGCAGGGGAGACUUAAGGCAGGAUAUAUCACUUAAACCCCACCACGCGCCUUAGCAUAGCGUUGGCGGCUGGCAGACGCUCAGCCCGUCUUCCUGGUGCAGCAAGUCCACCCUCAGUCAGGAUCAACAAUAAUGAAUAGAGGAUACAGGAGAAGCUUGCUAAUCCCCGAUCCUUGGGCAUGAAGGAUGUUCAGGCUUGCAAAAUUCUCAGAUUGCUGAGAUUGCUAACUUUAAGUGGUCAUGAAGAUACCGUCAGAUUGAUCUGCGAAGUGCUUUGUGCGGCGUCCGCAAAUUUUUUUCUUGAAAGAAGAGUUGAGGAUGUGAAACGUGAAGCCUAAUUUGUUCUGUUGAAGAGGGACUCAAUAAAUCGUAGCAGGAGUGUUUGACAGUGAGACAACAAUAAACACAAAUCCAAGACAGCAGUUGAAACACAAUACAAACAACUCCAUUAUCCAUUAGGGAGCAAUUUGUGUUGAGUAGCUUGUCAUUAAGUACAAAUGACAAAACCAACCAACAAGCAAACAGAGACGUGCUACAAGGGACUCAAAUGUAGAAAUGCAUCUAUUGAAAAGCUUUUGUAGCUUUUGACAAACACAAACUCAGUGAGAAGCAGGUUUUGUAACUUACACAGUCAAAAAUGAAAUAGAUCUUCUAUUAUAGUAUUCUUUAUUGUUUUAGGGUGUCAAACCUAUUAUACAGUAUUGUAUGGUGUCUCGUCAUAUAUCACUGUAUCGUAUUAUAUCGUACCAUAUCUUGUAGGGCUGGGCGAUAAAACGAGAACGAUAUAUAUCAAAAAUUAAUUUUCUUCGAUGUCAAUAUAAAACAUGGUCAAUAUCCUUUUCAAUAGUCGGCAUUCUGCCAUGUUUUGGUACACGAUACGAAUAAAAAAAUGAAAGGGGGGUUGCUUUGAGUCCGCUUGGCACUGAACCAAUCGUGCUGAAUUAGAACCAAGUAGCAAACAACUGCGUAGUAGCAGGCUGUAGCUACAUGCAACCACAGCACUUUAACACAUGAAGCCGACAGCACAGUGAGAAAAAAAGAAAAUCAGUGCUAACCUCUGCAGAAAUGCAGAUGAAGACUCAACAGAUGAUGACAUGGUCGACAAUACUGGCAUGAAAACGUCGGUGGUGUGGGGGUGUUUUGGUUUUUGAGGUUGGACAUGAAGCAGAGUAAUGUGCACUGCAAAUUAUGUUGAGUACAUGCUCUCGCCAAGUCAAGAAAAACCUCAUAUCUUUUCCAUUACCUGAAGCAGUGCCACACGACAGAGCAUGUGCAAUGUGUGCUCUGUCGCGUGGUAACAAACCCUGAUCAGAGCUAGGAGCCCAUGUCCGCUUUCUGUAGCACAACUCUUUACGACAAAACAUUAAAGAGACACAAAGACCUCACAGAUGCAGUAGAUUAUUCUAUUGCAAAAGACAUGCUACCAAUAAGCACUGUUAAAUUUCAUUUAAGAAUAACAGGAAACAUUAAAGAUUGACAUGUGAUUUUUUUAUACUGUGAUAUUUAUCGAUAUCAACUGAUAUGAAAAAAAAACAUCAUGAUAAACUUUUUCCCAAAUCACCCAGCCCUAAUAUCUCGUAUCAUAUACUGUAUUGUAGCAUUUGACCUGUAAGUAGCGUAUUGUAUUGUAUUGUAUCGUAUGAAAGCAUUAGUAACCUAUUGUACUUCAACUACAUUGUACCAAUAGAAAAGCUGUUGCUAGUGGUUGUUACUGGUUUGUAGAACAGCUGAUGUUACAUGAACGUUAAACACAAGAUCAAGUUUGGACUUAAAUUAUCUGUGCAUCCAUCACAGCUUCUUUCUCUCAGACAAGGUAAACACAAAAGCAAAGCAAAGUGAGUGAAAUGAAUCUUUCUCACAGGAUAGGUUGUCUUCGACUCUUACAAGUCUUGCACAUAUAUAAAUGUCACCAUCGUGUGAAUUUUAGGGUGCUGACUAAAGCAUGUAGCCCGGAGUGCUGCCUCACAGAGCUGCACAUAUAUCUUUAAACUCUUUGUGUUGUCAAUUACAGAUUUGUGGCACACAAAUCAAAUCAGCGAAGCCAGAGAACAAGCUGUCUUCAAAUUUAAAUGUCGUAAUUCACAUCUUGUCUUUUUUCGGUUAGCAUGUGGUAACAAAAUGAACAAAGCCACAAAGAUGACAGGAUUAAAAUGUCGACACUGGCAUAUUACGUUAUUUGUUUUUGUGAACCCAGGCUCCUUCUUACAUCCAGAAAGUCUUUGCCCACUUGUGGAUGUUUUGUAGCCAUGUGGUUAGUUUAUGCUUAGCAAUGAAGAUUGAAUUACAGCCCAUGAAGGAAAGAAUGAUGGCUUUUUAUUGCUCACUAUGCUUCUCCCUGCUUUGAAGUGGACAGCCAAGUAUAGAUGCUAACUACCUGGGUUAGGGUUCACAUGCAAAGACGUUAAAAGAAAGUGGACUACCAGGUGUCUGAGUAGGGCAUAAAAAACGGGUGGUCUGGUUUAGUUGUGUGGACUUAACGGCACCAGUACAGAGAAUUAUUCUUAAAUCUGUUGUUGCCUCUCUGCCAGAGUAACCGGCUGUUAUUUCUCACUGUAUUUUACUGGCAAAAGAGCGGUGAUAAUUAAGUUAUUACGAUGUGUGUUUAUCCGUCUGUGUGGCUGCAAAUUUGGCGACAAAUGCUGCACGAAUCUCCCCUCUGUUUGAUUUAAACUCUUGUGGUCAGCGGUUUAAAGUGGAUGUGUAUUAGGUCGGGUGGAUGUGUUUGUGUGUGUCUGUGGGCCUGUUUAUCUGUCACUCCGUCUUAUCUUCCCAGUGGAAAAUUGACGUGUCACAUUAGUUAUUCUUGAGCCUGCUGGAAGGGUUGAGAUAGUAGCAGGUGAGGUCUUUUAAAAACCCACCAAACCACAGCCACAUGUCCAAGUCACUCCGUGAACAUUACUCAUCCUGAAGGCAUGCUCGCUGCACACACACUCGCACACAAGCACACAUGUGCAGUCCGUUUUUCUCCCUUUUUUUUCAAGCAGUGCGGAUCACAUGGUUGAAGUUGUAAAUUCACUUGUCAGCUCUGGGAGUCGAUUCUCCUCAGAAGUCGAAGAGCUUGAACUUUUAUUUCCCUUCAUUUAUGACAUUUUUCUGUGCAGUAUAUAAAUGUUUUAUGGGGGUGGAAGAGUCUGGAUUAUUUGCCACAUUAUUCAUGUUUCUUGUAGUGCUUACCUACAUUUUAAUUAAAGGAAAUAAAACCUACAGAAAAUUUAAAACCAUUCCUCAGAAAAGAGUUAACGGCUACUUUGUCUUUGGAUUAAUGAUGUAAAUUCACAACUAAUUGAAAAAUUACUCUCAAUCAAUCAUUUUUAUGUAUAUUGGGCUAAAUCACAGCUAUCAGUAUCCCAAGAUGCUUUCAAAAAGACCAGAUCUAGACCAAACUCAUUGUUUGAUGUGUUGCAUACACCAAACCCUGCGAUGGGAAAUGAUUUAACCCAUGUAUAACAAACAUGAGUGAAGCACUUUGCUGUAUUUAGCAAGAGAAACGUCCCUUUGACAGGCAGAAACCUUGAGCUGUAACAUUAUCCUAAUUUGAUUUUGUUUACUCAGAACUGUUGUAUUUCCGUCUUUUCCGAUGUUUUGCACAUAGAUGACAUUAUUCACAGUUAUUCAGGAUGCCUAUCUGUAUAUUAAGUUGAUAGGUUCCUAAAUCUUAAAGGCACAGAGAGCAGUUUUUACUUGAUGUUAAAAAAAGUCAAACUCUUAUACUGAUGCAUCUUUGUGAAUGAAUGAGAAAAUCCUCUUAGAGCAAACAAACCUGAAUACACAGAAUGAAUAGAGGUCACGUCAUUCAGACUGGUAUUAUAUUCUAAAAUUCUGUAACUCGGUGCUUUGUCUUGUCUCUGUCGCACUUCCUAAAUAAAUGAAAUAGUGACCAACUUUGAGAUGCUAAUUUCAGCCCAUGAACAUCAACAUCCUGAGCUGAACUGUCACUGACGUGCUGUUAAUACUUUUUAAACUGUAGACACUGUCUUAAAACCACAGUCUCUCUCUUUUGAUUCAACAUUAAUUGAAUUGGCAUUUAUUAAAAACAGAUCAUUGGCUCCCCAGCCUGAAUAUUUGACAGCAUGUCAUGUUUGUCUGAUUAACUCCUCUAUUUUUAAACACUGAAUACGGAUAAUAUUUGCGCUUGUUUCUUCUUCAAACCCCGCCCCUUCUUUUCUGUCUUUGUUGUUAUCCAAAACCAAAGUAUCAACGUUUCGGUUUCCCUGUUUUUGCCUGAAUUUACACCUAAAACAGCCGUUCCAACACCAAAGAUAAUGAAAUCAAACAUUGUGAUUUGCUCUUUUAGACCUCCAUCUAGUCAGAAGAUUGUGUUUCUGGAAUACUAAAACAUAUUUCAUCGUUCUUUGAUUCAAUAGAUCUGCUAAUUGAUCCGUCUUUGAUUUAAUAAAUCUGCUUGUCCUCUUUGAUAUCAAAUCAAACAAAUUUUUGUUUCUGGUUGUUUUGUAGGGUCCCCUCCAUCACUGCUUUAAAGGCCAAAGUUGUUUAUCGUCAGCAGGCUGCUUACAGGUCUCUGAAUGUUCAUAUUCAGUGAUCUAAUCUGAUUUUAGUGCGUCAUCAAAUUGAGUUUAAUAACUAAAAUGAUGUGUGCAAGGAGAACUUGGUGUACUCAUGAACAAAUACAACAGUUUAUCCAAAUUCUUAUCGAAAGAUACUUCAUUAUGAAAUCUGUUUUACCUGUCACAGCCAUUUUAUGUCUCUGUCUGACUGAGCAAACCAGCCUCAGUAAUCCUGUAGUUAUCAUUCCUGAGGUCUCUUGUGAGUUUGGUCUCAGUCAUAUGAUCUUUUAGGAGAGUUUGUACAACCUCUGUCACCGAGCCGGUCCCUCCCUGCAGGGACAGCCUGUGUCUGCAGGCUGCAGGACAUGAUCUGUUCUUCUUUUACCAAAUCAUGUUCCUCUGUGUAAUAUUUCAGAGAUUUAAAAAAUAGAAGAAAUCUCUGUAAAGUUUUUAUCUAUUGAUGAGUUAAAUAUAUGUCACUGAAAAUGCAUUUGAAGGCCUUUUCUAAUCAGAGAUAAAAAGUAUAAACUGGACACAUGAAUAGAAACAUGGACAUCAUCACGCUGCUGUAUUUGUGUAACUUUUUACCGUCUUUUCUCCCAUUCCCUCGCUUCUUCGGAAAGGUUCAGUCAGAGGUCUUCUGCCUCACCACUGCUAUUUUUAACAAGGCCCAAAAGCCAGGCAGUGGACACACACACACACACACACACAGUCCCACAGACCCUCAGACAGGUGCCAACUUUUGUGCCGAAAAGUGUGUUGUGGUGUGUUGUGGUGGGGUGUGUGCUCGGGGAGUGACUGUGGGCUGGUGUCAGAGGAAUGUGUGACCUCGCCGGCCUCUGCCGCUGUUUGGCUUUGAUCGAACAUUCCUCCAGAAGUUUCCACCUUCUGCUGUUGCUAAGGCCGUGGUCAGUGAUAUGGUUUUACUGUGUUUUUUUUUUUUUUUUUUUUUUUGAUCAUGUGGAGGUCAGCAAAAUUGUUAAAGAAAAACAUUUGCCGAGCGAAAAUAAGAAGUAAAAUAUUUUUUAUUUCAUAUAUAGUCAGUGAAUUAACUUGCACAUGUCAGAAGAAAGAAAUUCAACAAGGAGCCAAACAUCAGAUCAAAUUCAAACUUUUUCUAGGAAAAACAAUAACUGUGGUCAUUUUUUCCAAAAUCAUGCAAAACCAGAUUCAGAAAUUUUGCUUCUUGAUGAUUUGCUGCUGAACCUUUUGACAAAAAGCGUACGGUACACACAUGUAGGGUUCUUGAUUGUUGGUCAUUGUGAUAAACAAAGGAGCCGAUUCUGUGUCUGUUGGCAUCAGGUCACACACACACUGUGCACCGCAAAGAUGGUAAACACAAAGACAGUCUCACUCCAUCAAAAACAAACCUAUGUCAAACUGCUCACUAACUUUUACUCUUUUAUCAUUUAAAACUAAUUUAGGUGUGAAUAUUUUUGAGUUAGUCAAUAAUGAGUUUAAAGACUUAGAUUUGUUAACCAUGUGUUGUGCAGAAUAAACGUAAAAGCAGAUAUAACUGGAUAAUGAGGUACUAAACCUUAUGGUAAUGCUGAAACUCUUGUUGAAUAUCAGUUAGCCAAAUUACACACACAGAUGAGGUCUGCUCAUCAGGGAACUUUGACUCAAAUGGUUUAUUAUUCUUUUUUUCUGUGAGGACUAUGUUUUCUUCUUCUUUUAGAUCAGUCUUGUCUUUAUUCUCAGUAGCUUGUAAAUAGUCUUGAAAAAGGAAAAACAACCGCGAUUCUGUUUUGAAAAGUUGCGACAUGUUUUUUCUCCAUCGCCCGACCCUGAUCUAUUGUUUACUGUAAAGGAGCUGUGAGGAACUUUUGGUGUGUGACGAUUGUGGCGCCCCCCUAUGGGCAAAGAUGUAUAUCUGAGCACUUUGCUAAACUUGCCCUGAUAUUUUCUGGCAUAAAAUCUCACCCUGCUGUCUUUAAACAGUUAACUAUGUCAAUCACUUUGAAUGUUUGACACUAAAAAAAUGAAGACGUACUUUCAAUCACAUAUAAUAACAUAUGAAUUGUAAGUCUUGUUACUAAUGGUCCUGUGUGCUUUUGUGGGUCUUAAAGAGGUAUCAGCAUCAAAUUAAAUCUGUUUAACUACCAGUUAAUAACUCCGGAAAGUGGUUUAAAGUGUGUGAUAAAUGUUUUUAUACAAUAGGAAGGUCUUUACCAAACUUUAUAGCCACUUCAGUGAAAAUAAGAUGAUAUGAAUUGAUGGUAAAAGUCUAGAGAAGAUAUUUGAAUUUCCUGAGAGGCAUCUAAUGAUACUUGGAUGGAGAUUUUAGGAGGAAAGCUGAGAAAAGGGAGAGAGGAAGAGAAAGAAAAGGAUUUUGUUUGUUUUCUCCAAAACAGAAAGUCAUAAAAAAAAGAGGCAGCAUUCCAGCGGACAAAAACAGACAAAACAUCCCCUUUUGUUUGGAUCUGUCUGGUGACUUUAUUUGUACUCAGACGGCUGAAAAAUCUGCUAACUUGUUCUUUUCAGGGUGAUCAAGAGAUGCAUUAAAAUCCUGAUGGUGUGUGUUAGGAGAGUCUGUGCUCAUUGAUGAAAGUGUGUGUGUGUUUUAAGGGCGAGCAAUGAAGAAAGUGUUUCAGGGGAUUUUUUUUCUUUUUCUUUUGAUGAUUUAAGGAAAAAGCAUGUUGUGGGUGUGUUUUGGAGACUUGAAUGAGGACGGGAAGUGUUGUGGCAGCGUGGGGAGAAAGUGUGCGUGUGAUGUGGAUUUGAGGCAAAGCUUCUUGUGGGUGUUUGGAGACUCUUAAAGACGGAGACAGACAUUGUUCGUGUGUGGAGAAACGGGUCUUUUAGAAAGCAAUUUCCGCUUCAAACGUUUUUGUAGUGUCUAAAACAGAGGGUGAUUGUUUUGUGGGUGAAGAAAAAGACAUUUGAAAGAAUUGAGUGCUGACAGACAAGAAAGGACAGUUUGCAGUGAGGAGAAGGUGUUAGUGGUGUGGAGGGGAGUUUGUUUUGGUCUUGAGAAGCAGUCGGAGGAGAGACAAAGUGAUUGGCUGAGGAGGAAGAGGGAGGGUUACAAGGCCAGUAAGGAGUCUGGAGGACUUUGUGCAGAGGAGUGGACAAAGAAGAAGAGCAACAGAGUCUGGAUUGGCUGCAGUGAGUGUUUUAAGAUCUUGAGGAAGUAGAGGAGAGAAAUCUGAGUGUGCAGGAGGAGGGCGAGGUGAAGAAGAGGACAAGAAGGAAAGAGGGAGUCAGCCAGGCGAGUCAGAGGGUUAAAUCAGAAAACAGAAGGAGGUGAGGAGGAAAAGUGGACAAGAGGGUGAGAAAGAGUUUCUUUGUGGUCUAAAACUGGCAGAUGAAGAGCUGACUAAGGAGGGAAAGAGAGGAAGACAAAGAGAAGAGGGUGAGAAAGUAAAGAUUGAUGGUGUUAAUGAGAGGAGAGCAAGUAGUGAACAAGAGAGUAAGAAAGCUCUGCUGCAAAACCAAAGACUGAAACACACAGACCAAAAUACCCAGAGAGGCAGCUCAGUGACAGUAGCUUGUGUUUUGAGUGCGCCACCCCUCCUCCUUCCUUCUCCUCCUCCUCCUUUCUUUUCAUGCUGUUGUUGGCCUUAACUGGUGGCGGGUCACUGGGGCGCCACUACAUCGCCAUGUUCGAGGCCACGCAGAACGUCAUGCUCAAGCCUACGGAGUCCUGGAGGGAAGCGCUGCUGGACACCAGAGUCAUGGACCUCUUCUUCACUGUGAGUGUCUCGUUCAUUAUUGAUGUUUUUAUUCUUGUCAGAGUGUCUGCAGGUUUUAAGGUUUACAUCCGGGGUCAUGGAGUAAAUAUGACAAUAUUUUUAAAGGUAACCUAAAUGUAAAAUGUAACUUCAGCUCAUCCUCAUCAUUCAAUUCUUGCUGUAACCUUAGGAUAACCAGACUCAGAAAAAUCAGAAUUAAACUUUCAUUUAUUCAAGUUGUAAAUCUGCGCUUUGGGGGGGUUUGUUGGCUUUUAUUUGACAGCACAGAGCUGUGGAUGAAGCAGGAAACAGAUGAGAGCAGUGAGUGACAAACUAUGGGACAGGCUUUUACUGCGAGGCCAGAGGCGUCCUAAAAUCUUCUACAUUUAAACAUGUUUCCAGAUACAGAGUCUGAAAAAGCUGGUUCACUUUUCACUUAGAAUUCCCUUGCGGUUAUGUUUGUCUCUUUUUGAUCAACAAUAGAAGUGCCAGUAUGUUACAGUAACUAAGUUCUCGCUGCUAAUUUGGCUGUUGAUGCUAAGCUAACAAACUCUUGGCUGUGAAUUUUUUUUUAUUUUUAUUUUUUUUGUAGGAUGGUAGGGAAAGGUCCCGCCCUCCUUUGCCUCUGAUUGGCUAGGAGUGCUGGGCUCUGAUUGGUUAUUCCUAAUGGCUGUGAAACGUCAUCGUCUGUCAGGUUAGGGUUAGGGUAAUGUUCUGUAAUGUUGUGUUCGAUGUAGAGAGCCGACAGCCCGCGUUUGACUUGAGCGUGUGAUAACGAUUCCAGCUUUUCUAGCCAAUCAGAGGCGGGACUUUCCCCUUCAGUCCUACAAAAAAGAAAUAUCGCCUCCUGGCUCCAGCUGUGUCGCUAACAGAUAUGAGUACCACUCUUUCAGUCAACUCUGGACAGUAUUUCCUCCAAAUGUCAAAUUAUUUCUUUGAGGAAGAGCACAAGCAUGAAAACCAAAGCUUUUUUGUUUUUUGUUCUCCACGUUGUAAAGCUACCCACUAGCAUGUUAUCGCUGAUGGACAACAAAUGGUCCUGUGCAAGAAGUUUCCUGGUAACUUGUACCCCAGAAUGUCAGUAAAAUAAAAGAGCUAUUUUUAGUCAGCGGUUGUAUCAAAUAACUCGUCACCUUUGUUCAUUUUUAUCUAUGCUUCAAACUUCAGUGUUAGACAUGGUCACAUUAGUUGUAAAAUCCAGAACUUCACCUUCUUAUUGUCGAUCAAAAAAAACAGGAUGAGCAUCAAGUAAACUAAAGAAAACCUGCAGACGCUUUGACCUCGCAGAUACUUCAUUGUUUUAUUCUAGCAGUUAAUCUUCAUUCAACUGUCUAUUAGUGUUUUUGUUAUAAUUCAUGCUUGUUCAAUAUUCAGGGAGGUCCUUAUUCAGAACCGCAGUGAAGGUCUUCCUGCCUCAUACAUUUCCAUUACAGUUUCCUCCUGUCCUUUUUCACUCUCUCUCUCUCUCUAUGACCAUUUUUUCCUGCUCUUUACACGGUGGUUUAUUUACGAUAAACAAACAGAGACCGUUUGCCUUUUCAUGUCGGGCAAACAAAUCCCACUUGACCUCGUCUUUUUGGCACAUGCCAAGUUUUUACAAGUUUUGUGGGUUUUAAGAAGCACCAUUAAGUAGAUUUAUGGGUACUUUACAGUGGGGUCGUGUUAUUGUGAAGCUCUCCACAGGACCGCCCGGUUGAAAUAAAUGUGUAUUUUUGUGCUGUGACUUUGUGUGUUUAAAGAGGCUGCCCACGCUGGGUCAGCAAACGGUGUGGAAUAAAAAGGUCAGCUAGCUCUGCGUAUUCAGCUUCAGAUACACGUAUCCUUUAGCUUAAGACUGUCAUGUCUCCUUUAGCCUUUACCUGCUGCUGCCUGUGACACCACCUCAUCACCUCCAUGACCUCUGUCAGGUGCUGCCCUGUUGAUCUUUCUGAACUGAGUGUUGUUUGUGUACCAAACCUCUGACACAUGACCCUACCUUAUUUGCCAUGAGGCUUAUUACUACUAAUACUUUACACCUCUAAUCAAUCUAGGUAACUCUAAAUGAACAGCAUUCGGUUACAAAUGAAUUUUUACAACAACUUGAUGGACUAAAGGGUCGAUGGUAGUGGACGGCUCCUCUCACGUCGAUUCAGGACAGAAAGAUUUGGAAGAUCUUUUGUACCCGCAGCCACCAGACUGUUUAAUUCUUCUGUAAAUAGAAGAUGACAUGAGACUCCAGACUCCAGACAAUUGAAUUACCCUUUAGGGAUCAAUAAAAUUCUCCCUAUCUAAUUUAUUGCCAAAAGAAGAAAAGAAAUCAUGCAUAAAAAUAACAUUUGUGGUUCUAACUUGGAGGGAAUUUCUCAAACUUCGCUUGUAGGGGAGCUUUUUUUCUUUUACCUUAAGACCACAUAAACCAAGUUUGCAGGUAGAAGUGUUUUCUGCACAAUCACUCAAAAUCAGCAAACUUUCACACAGUAUUAAAUGUUGUUGUGAAAACUGAUCACUAUGGCUGCAGUCUUUCAUGUGUGAUCAGGUGGAGUUUUUUAUCGCAGCAUGAAAGGCAACACAUGAGUUAUUUUUCUAAGCACCAAUUAUUCAAAGUUGUCUUUUGCCUUAUACUAAGAACUUUUUAUUUUUUUUUACAGAACUACAGCUUUCAUAUUCAUGCUUCUCCAGCAUCACUUUACCUCUCAUCUCUAGGUCCUACAUUUACUUAAACUUAGCUUUUAUGUCUUUCUGCUGCUGGCUAGGAUGAGGUCACCAGUUAGCUGCCAACGGUGCCGAAGGGCAUCAGCUGCACAUAAUUUUUAAAACAGCAGUAUGACAGAGUUCAUGUAGACUGUAUAACAUAAAGCGCUGAGUACAUUACCGAGAGUAAUGUGAUGCAAUAAGAGAUCGUAUAAAUCAUUGAUCAUAGAUUGCAAUCUCAUCAGGAAAUCAUGAGAAAAUGUUAUUCUGCAAAUAAUUGCGGGGCGUUGAAAAUACAUUUGGGCACAGGUAAUUUCUAGGAGUGUCACGAUUUUUAUUUUUAUCGAAAUCAAUCAAAAUUACUUCAUGAUCUCGAUAAUCAAAAUCAAAGAGAGGAUCGACGAUCCCUUCCCUCCACAUCCAGGAGGUUUUCAGAGCAGAAGCAAAUGCCUCUGUGAGUUCUCAUUAUGUUGUUUUUUUUUUUUUUUUACUUCACUGAAAACAAGAUUGUUAAAAAAAUAUGUAUUUAAAUUUGACCAUUAGUGCCUAAUGUGAUACAUUACACAAGAAUAAUGGAAAUUGUAUCACUUGUAUGUAGCCCAUCUUUUGAAAUAAGAUUUACUAUACAAAAUGUAAUGAAUAAAACCAAUGAUCGUAGACUAGACUGGUCUAAAAAUUGCAAAGGCCUCUGUGCUGUAAGAAAAAGAAUCGAGAAUCAAAUCGAAUCGAGGAUUUGUGGAAUCGUGACACCCCUGGUAUUUUCUAUGUGUGGCUUUAUCAGUUUCUAUCUUUAUGUCGCUACUUUGUAGUAAACAUGAUCAAAAUUUCAAUUAAAGCAAACAAAGUGCUGUUCAUGUCAUACAACCUGCAGAUGCUUCUUUGUAGUUUUUCUUUUUCAGUCGACUCUCAUUCACAGCUCAUUUUCAUUCAGCUGAAAAAGUUUCCAGACUUAAUUCCCACAGCAGUCACAAGUAACUCUAAUCAGAGGUUUGGUACACAAAGCUCGCCGUUGUAAUCAGGCUUUGAUUGGCCGACAGCAGCGGCGGCAGCAGCAGUCUGGCAUGGAUAAAAAUAUUUGUCAUUUUUCGGUCGCUUCUCUUUGCUGCUGGAAUCUUUAGGAUGUGUUUUGUGUUGGUUUCAGUUUUCAGCCGUCCAGUCUCAUCUCUCGCUCUGGUAUUUCUAGUAGCUCAACUGUUUGUUAUUGUAAGGCUGCUGUGGCACCAUCAGCUGUCCGCGUGUGUGCGCAAGUGUGUGUCUGUGUUAGUGUUACAGCAUCCCUCCUGGUUGCGCUGCGUGCAUUUUUGUGUGUGUCGGCGCAUAUCUGUCUCUGUGGGAUGGUGUCAGUUUGUGUUUGUGGAGCGUAUGUUUGCGCGUUUCUGCUUAGAGUGUGUUUACAUAAGUACGUCUGCAAAUGCGAGCGUGUGUUUGUGUGUUUAUUUAACUUAAUGGGGUCCUUUUCUGCCUCAGCUGCUGUAUCUCCUCAGCUUUGAGGGGUAACAGGCUGUGAGUGUGUAAAGGGGGGUACUCAGAGACACGCGCCAUCAGGGUCACAGUCCACAACAGACUGAUGGCAGGAUUAGAGCCCGGCCCCAGGAUUAGGGGCCCCUGUUAACAACCGCAGUAACCCACCCAUCACACAGACACUCGUCACCCCUGCAGGGGCUCCGGGGAGUCGUUGUCCCUCUUUUGGGUGGGUGUCUGUCAGUCUCCUAUUAACUGGCUCCAGCCCUCUGUACUGACCAGCGUUAUUGUCUAACAAGAGACUGACGUCUGUUCGGCUGCAAGGAGGAGGAUUUAUGCGUGAUAUCAAUUCUACUUGUCACUUUUUAUAUUCCUGGUCAAGGAUAAUAAGUUUUAGGACAGUGGGAUUUUCUUCUCAUAGAUUUUCCCAUCAUAACUUGCAACUCUGAGGUCAGGAGGAGACACCGAAAAAUCACAGCUAUUAAAGGCAAGGCGAAAAGUUACGAUUUCAGGAUUUGUUUGUAGAAGUUUAGCAAAGACGCCCUGCUCUUCUGGCUGAAUAAAAAAUCCAGUGUCUUUAUUCACUGAUCAUAUACUCGACUUAACGGGCAGAGUGCCAGGCGAAAUUGGAUCUGUAAUACUCGCCAUAGUUGAGCGUGCACACGGUGUUGACCUUCAGCUGAUGACAUUCGGAUUAUCUGAUGAAACUGUUAACAGAUAGUAAAAAAAGGAGGUACUUGUCCCCCAUCGUGUGAUUAUUUCUUUUUGUGUCUUUCUCUCUUUAUUUAAUCUUAUAAAUUAUGACGAUCCUCGGGUGUCCCAGUCCUCACGCCAAACAGUGUCACUAAUAAAAGAAUAUGUAUAUUUGGGGGUAAAAUGUUUGGUGAUACAGCAGCCGGUGAUCUAAAUACUUACACAGUGAGCCAAAGAUCAGCUUGACAUUAACUUUAAAUGUUGGUUAUAUACAGUAUGAGUUAAAAUUAGCUUUCAAAUUCACUGUGGGGAGGAGGUUGCAGGUAUCACUGUGGUUGCAGUGUAUUUCACUCGUGGUGCUCCUUUAUACUCGGUGGGUGAUGCUCCUACAGUUGGGAACAUAAGUGCUGCCAAGUAACAUAAGCAGAGAAAUUUUGUUUAUGAAUACAUUUGACAAAAUACAACCAUAUUUUGUGAACUUGAGUGUGUCUAUUAGUAAACACAUUUCAGGAGACAGUAUUUGACUCAGUAAAAUAUUUCCACAAGGGAUUUUUGGGUUUUUGUCGCCAUCUGAAAUUAUUAUCGAAGACAGAAAUACAAGCAUAUUAAUCCAGUACGUGGCUCAUAAAUACUGUGUGUCAGAGACAAUAUGUAACAGCGUUACUUUAAACACCCUAACAGAAUUUAUAUGAAACACUAGCUGGUGACAGUUGAAAAUUUGAUUUGCUGUCAAUAAGGACGGGAUCAUAAGCAGUAUUGGCCUUGUAACACCAAUAAUCAGCCUGAUUAAUCAGCUGACUUAUACGUCAGUAUAUUUCCAAAUGUAAUCAUUAGUUAUGACUAGGGCUGGGCGAUAUGGCCUCAAAUCAAUAUCACGAUAUAUUGAGCAGUUCACCUUGAUAACGAAAAAUGGACGAUAACUACUCCAUAAACUGCUAACCCCCUCCCACAUUAACUUUGACUAAUUCAGCCGCCACUCCAGCCGCUACAACUUAUGAACCGUCCUCCAUCUCCUCACCUGUCUUUUCCUCUUCGUUACGGAUUGGAUGGGGUGGAGUCCCGUCUCCGACAUAGGACAGCGUCUUAAAGGGACAUGAGACCAUAGCCUACCUACACACAUCCAAAACCAACUUUACUUAUUUAUUUAUGUAUUUAUUUGACACCAAAUAUACCGAUAUGGGCAAAAUGACGUCGGUUAUUGUCGUACAUUUCUGUAUCUGUAAAUUUUCGGUUCAUCAUCCAGCCCUAGUUAUGACCUAGAAUGAACAAGGUUUAUCGCCUUUGCUAUUGACAAGCUUUAUUUACCUGCCAAACUUGCCCUCUGAGUCUCUGAAGUAGAUUUACCAUCAUUACUGGAGUAUUUAUUGUUCAGUUAUUGAUUUAUCUUACCUUAUUUUCACUAUGUAUUUAUAAUUCUGAUGUUGGCUUCAUUUAUUUUUCAUGUAUUUCUGCUGCAAAUCUAAUUUCCUAAGGGAUGAUGAUAAAGUUGAAGCUUGGUUGGUUAUUGGUCUGAAGUGGAUCUCCCUUUUGACUGUCAGGAAAAGAGUGUAUUUUGACAAUCAGCUGGAUGGAUGUGGGGUGAUCGAGGAGAUGCUUAAUCAGCCUUAGUGUCAUUCUUUCCCUCGGGUAUUUGGGGAGUCUCUUGUUACUUAAGCUCGUGGCAGUCAUGGUUUGAAGAGGUGGAAGACAGAUGGACAAAUAGAUGAAGUGGAAGGAAAAAAAGUCAAAGAGCAAUAGAGGGAGGAGAGGGUAAUAGUGUGAGGAAGCAGAGAGGGAAGGAAGCAAGGUGUAGGGUAAAGGGGGGCGGAGGUAUAAGAUUUUUACAGGAAGACAAAGAAAAACAGAUGGAAUGGAGGAAUACAAUUUAGAGAGUGGAUGCAAUUUGCAGGAGAGUGAGAGAGGUCUUGGGAUAAAUGGCCCAUGCCAGAUUGAAAAGGGAAGAAGACUUUUGUGAUUGUUGACCUCCCUCAGAAAGUACCCCCUCUACUUUUGUAGCUGUAACACCUCCUGACCGUGGUGCACGUCUCCUCUCCGAAAGAAAAAGAAGAAAAAGCAUGAAAGCACGCAAACUGGAGUGACUGCAAUUUUGACCUCAGCUGUGUUUUGGUGUGUUUGUGUUUCUCAGGGUUUUCAGUUUCUGUUUGGCUCGGAGUGAUUAGAGAGCGGCAGCAAAUUAUGAUUGAGUGCGUACCCACAUGCAAACACAAACACACACUCAGCCAAGAUUUGUGGAUGCAUCUGGUUUAUUUCAUCUCAUCAAAUGGACAUCAACAAAGACACACUACAGUAACACACUCAUACACAUAAACCUACCAAUUCGUUCCCUUCAAUACACAUCUUCAGACCAGCAAAGAGACACUGCAACUCAUAAACACAGGUAUGCAUAUACUGAGGCAUUUGUGAGAUUUGAACUUGUUGUGGAGGGGAUACACCGAAGCUACAGUGCAGAUGUUGUGAAAAAACUGGCCCUAAGAUUUUUGGAAACUGUCGUCAGUGUUUCCAAAGCCCCAAUUUGAAGUCUUGUUUCUUCCAGAACAACAAUCUGAAACCAAAGACCCCUUAUUUAAAAUCAGAACUGACAAACUAAUGUCCCACAGGUGUACAGGGUAUCAAAAUAGACAGCAGAAGAAAUCUGUCAUAAAUUUUAUCAUUUAAACAUUGUAGCUUUAACAUCUUGAUAAAAUUCUUCUUCUUCUCUUUGUGUCAUUUCUUAGACUAGCCAAUAUCACACAGUUUAGGGUGUGGUAAAAAUGAUCACUGUUCCAAAAUCAGAUUUUCACCUCAUCCUUAAAAAAAUAAUUCACAAUAGGAAUAUAAUCCUGAUAUUUCUGAAAACUCAGAAAAGAAAAUGUGCAGUCAGUCAAAUGAAGGAAAGGCAAGGCAAAGGUGGAGCAGCACUUGACUUCCUAACACUAUAUUGACUUACUUACGUGUCCUAAUUUAAUUUUAAGGAUAUUUAAAGUCAUGUUUUAUGUAACCAGCCUUAUAACAGAAACUCACAUUUAAAAAAAAAAAACUGAUCAUCUUUGUCACUCUGAGUAUAAAGCUGAAUCCUUAAAACUUCUGAACCAGUAAGAAAACUUCUUUUGUUUGGUGUUUAAGUCGCUCACUUUAAUCCGUCAUCUCCUCUGACUGACUGCACUUCAGCACUCGUCACAUAUUACAGUAAGGGGUAACUCGCUUCUCCUUCUGCUGCCUCUUCUCCAUCUUCCCUCUGUUUUAUUGCAGGUGGUAACCAUCUUAAAGAACCACCUCUGCCCACCACUACAAUGAUAAUUAUAAUCAUUAAAAUAUAUUAUAUUUAUAAAGCAUGUAAACGAAUUAAGUAUUGUAUCCUUAUCGUUAGUGUUUCAUUUCUUUAGAGGCUGUUAUUGUCAGGACAGCAUUCCCUGGGAGAAACCAAUAAAAGGCUAUUAUGGGAGCCAUGAGCCAUAAAUAUUCACACAUGAAAAAGCCAAAAUGUAGAGAAAUAAGAGAAAAGAAAACAAUUAUAGAACAAACUUCAUUAAAUCAGAGAAUUAUUGAGAAUUGACCCGUGAAUAUUUAGACGAACAUUUUCGCCUGUCUGGUUAAAUUAUUCUUUCUCUACAUUUCUGCCUAAGUCUUUUUAGAAGUGCACACAUUGUCCUCACAUAGAUUGAGGAGCGAGAGCACACGCACCAAAGCAUUUCAUGUUUACUCAGUAAACACAAUCAGUGUGUGGAGUGCAGCGACUGAUGAGGCUGCAGCAGAGUCUGAUUCUGCUCUUCCUCGGCCUGCAGGCUGACAGUAACCCAAUCUGAGCGGGAGAGAGAGAGAGAGAGAGGGCUGGUGGAAAAGAAAGAGCGAAAGACAAUAAGUUGGAAGGCAAGUGUUGAUAUGAAAAAAACAGAGAGAUGAGCCUCUGAGCCCCCCGAGGAAACGGACACCAGGCUUUGUCUCCUUCUAUAAAUAUCACUCCUCCCUCUCUCUUUCUUUCUCUCUCUCUGAUUGUCCACUUCUUCUCAAACAUUGUUCUUCAUCCUCUUCUCUUUACGCUCCUUUCUGCCUUCUACUUCACUCGGUGAAGCAAUCUAGUGUUGAGAUUAGAAAACCAAACUGCACUGCACUGAAGCACUGUUGAAAUGAGGUCCAAUGUUACCUCUACUUAAUUCACUGUCUGUUGAGGGGACAAAAAUCUAAAUGUACAAUAUUCCUCUGCAGGAACAUGACAUGCAUCCUCAGUAACAACAUCACAACACAAGGGGAUCUGAGGUCAUCAAUUAAUUGGAAGACAAUUAUCAAAAAGUUUUCAUUAAACAAAGACUAACCUAAUCUGCCCUUAAGGUUGAUUUCUCUAAUAUGAAUUAAUCGAAACGUUGUUAGUUUAUAAGUUAAAUUUACAAAACUGUUUUAAAAACUUUACCAAUUUCUUCGCAAAGUAGCACAUUUUAAAAAAUUAAUCAAGCACAGCCAACCUUUGAUAUAAACUUGAUAAUGUGAAUCUUUAUUUCGUUAAACUCUGUAUUUCUCUGUAGCGACUGACUGUGCAGUCGCAUUUCUCACUCAAAAAGUGAAAUAGUCGUGUUGGAGUAUGUGACAUGCAAGUCCAUGCAUCCUAUGUGAGUGCAGCACUUUCUGCACAACAGAGUGCAUCCUACAUCUUAUUUUUUUUUUUUUGCAUCAUCCUGCUGUCUUCUUCUGUGAAAUCAUUGCAACCUCUGCAAGAAGAGGUGGAGAGCCAGGUUUUUAAUUAAAGUGUGUGUUUGGAGGAGUUUAUCCCGACCUUUAAAACAUCUGUGUUGUCACUGAAGUUUGAUCUUACGUUAUUUAUUGCUGCAUUUUACUCAGACUCAUGCUGCAAAACUUUUAAUUCAGACGAAACCUGUUUAUAAAAUAAAGAUUGUGCCACUUUACAGUAAGUUGAAUAUUUCCUAUGACAGCUGUUUGAUACCAGGAUGUUGCAAAUAUCAUGUCUUUAAAACCAAAAAAGCAUCGUCUUCUUUUUCUCGGCUCUGAUAUCGCGGUCAAAACUAGCAGCUGAACUUUAAACAUCAACUUUGAUGAUCGUCACUGAACUCUUACAAGUUGUCAAAGCUAAUCAAACACACACCACAUUAUCAGCCAUGACGUUGUCAGAACUGAUGCUUCUCUGAUCCUGAAUCUAUUGUUUAAUCAGUGUGCAAAAUCUGCUGUCAUCUGAUCUGCAGCCACAAAAAUGUUUCCAUAUUGUUGCUUCUUGUUCUCUUUUCUUCCAUCCAUCCCACUCGGGGCAAACUCACACACUCCCUCGUGCACACGCUCUCACACACUCAUUUAUGCACACACACUCACACACACACACACACACACACGCUGUGUAUCUCUAACUAUAGUCAGACUCAAGGCGACUGACAUUACUGGCAUCGCACGGAUCAUUCGCUGGUGCAGCUGCUUUUUCAGAGCUCGCGCUGCUCAAUCCUCUGGCCUUGCACUACCUCUCCCACCCCUCUCCCUCUCUCUCUCUCUCUCUCUCUCUUUUGCUCACCCACCCGGCACCCCUCCUCCCCCUUUCUCCUCCUCCUCCUCCUAUCACCCAGCUUUUCCAGAGGAUGACUUCACGCUCUGGAAGAGGGAAGCAGCGGCAGCAGCAGCAGUGCCCAAGACUACAGUGGCUACGCUACGUUAGCAUCUGAGAUCUCUUCCCAGCAAGCGUGUCUUACAACCAGCCGGGAGUCCCAGCUGUAGAGCAGAGAAGGAGAGAGAGGGGAGAGGCAGCGAGAAGGAAUUUUGGGGUUGGGGAACUGAAAGAGGGAAAGGACUCUGAGAGAGGAGGAAGAAGCAACAAGGAGAAGGAGGUUGAAAGUUUGAUUGCUGCGAUGGAGUCAUGCGCUGGCUCAGUGUGUGGAGCCGGUGAAGACACUCUGGAUUUAGAAGGAUGACAGUUGAAGAGACAGGAGAAGAAGAAGAAGUAGACAGAGGAAAAGUGCUCAGACUCACAGAGAGGGGAGAGCUCACUGGAGGAAAACAGCUGAGCUCCAGACGUCCGCAUUUUACUGUUAUUGGAAACAUGUUGCUGAGAGGCUGUGAUGACUCGCGGCGCUGUUACUGCUGCUACCUUGCUGCGUGUGCGAUUGUGUGCAGAGUUGAAACAAACAACACCUCUUCUUCUGCCGGAGUGUGACACCUCGAAUCGGACGAACCUCAAAGCCCACAACAGACAAGACUGAGAUGUGAUUGAUUGGAGCCGCUCUGGGUUUGAUUGAGGCUGUCUGUGGGCUCAGACGGGCUCAGUGAUUGUUUGCUUGAGACCGGGGUCACAGUGUCUGAAGACAGACUGUGCUGAAAAUCAAUUCGUCCUUUUGCUUCGUCUCUGCUUGCUGGGUUACACCAGUGAGUACUAAUUCUGCCUCCUAUCAGCCGGCAUGUUUUUGAAAGUGUUGACAGGAGGACGAGACAGGUUCACCUUUUCGCUCUGUUAUUGGGAUUUUGAUUUCUCGUCGUCUCUUGCAGUCCCUCUCUUACUUAGUCUUUAUUUGAAAAAGAAGGCAUGGCGUCAGAGCACAGUCAAAACCCUGAAAAGCAUCAAACUAGUUUCCCGUAAAAUAACAACGAUAGAAAUAAAAGCAUCAGGAGGUACUCGGUUUUGACUUUAAUUCGUAACGAUCAUGAAUCUGAUUUUUGUCUUUUAUAGAAACCCACAUUGGUAAGAACUUUUUCAUGUCCUUACAGAAACAAUAAUUUAGCCGUAUUCAAACUAUGAAGCCUGGUGAAGCAGCGGUGUUGCAUCCAGGAGGCCGUUUUCCACUGAACUUGCAGCGAACACUGGAACUAUAGCUCCCUAAAAAAGGCUGACAAGGUAGUUCAGCAAUUGUUAACGGUUUGAGGGACAAUUUUAACAGUAAUUUACUGUAAUUCAUGAUUACUCUAAAUAACUCAUAUAAAGUGGAAAACUACAACAACAUGUCACUGGUGUUCUCUAAGAAGUAUAACUUUUUCAAAAGAUUUGCUUUAAAUUAAUUUGCAUUUACUAGUAUAUGAUAUUCUGUAUAUCUAUAGAAAAGGAAAGUGUUUAAAGUGAGAGGAGAAUUCCUGUAAUGCUUUCAUCUCUGAAGCCGUUUGAUAGAAUUAAAGCAGACUUUAGACAUUGACCUGUGGGAAUUUACGAACAAACAGAAAUGCUUCACACUUUAGACUGAGAACAUACUUUUUACAUAAAUCUAAAACCGAAAACUGUUUUUUUUUUUCCAGUGCUAAAAACACAAGCUUGGGCCUUGGAUGACAUAAAUAUAUAUAAACAUUUAUUUGGUUGUUUAAUAGGUUUGUAAAGUUGAAGCUGCAAACGUCGGUGCUCUGUAGAUGAUCUUGACCCCUUCUUGUGCGGAAAGGCAUGUUUUCACCCCCUCUGAGCUCAACUUUUAAUUCAUUUUUUUGUUCUUUUAUCUCGUUUUUUCCUUUUUUGUGAAAAGUAAUAAACCUUUAAUUUCUGGUAUGUUGUAUGUUGAUCCAAAAUACUUCACAUCAUUUACUCAGAGGGAAACGAAAGUAAAAGAAACAAACAAAAAUAGUGGAAGAAAAUCAAAAACGAAUUGUUUGCUGUAUGGUGCAAAUUUCCCUGUAAAUGUAUUGUGUAGUUUUUGUUGUUGUUGUCGGGAACAGAGAGACUCUAAGACACUAACUCCAAAAAUCCUACUCGCUUGAUGUGGCCUUGCCUCUCUUUAUUAAAAAAAGGGAUUAUCAAAAAGGAGAGCAUGAGGGCUUUGCUUGUUUUCUCUUCUCUCUCUUCAAAUCAACAGGCAGAAAACACUGAAAUGAUAUUUGCGUUUUUAGUAAAACAUUAAAUCCCCAUUUAUCCUCUUAAUAUUUAUUCUCUCUGUGCUUGUCUGGCAUACUUAAAGUUCCCCUCUGGUUCACUGAGGACUGAGCAAUACAGAGGUUUUUCUCUUUUAGUCAACAACACUCCUCUUCGGUACGUCAAAAAAAAAAAAAAAACAGAGACAAGCAUUUCCUCUUUCGUCUUGCAGGUGCACAGGAAGAUUCGGGAGGACUCUGACAUGGCCCAGGACUCCCUGCAGUGCCUGGCCCAGCUGGCCUCCAUGCACGGGCCCAUCUUCCCGGACGAGAGCGCCCAGGUGUCGUACCUAGCCCACCUGGUGGAGGGCCUCCUCAGCAUGAUCAACGGGUGAGUGUGUCUCUGCCUGCUAGAGACAGCUGAACAUACAGUUUGUCCUCGGCUCGGACGUAAUCUUACUGCUGUGUUUAUUGCUUUGUUAUGGCUUUUCAUAAUGCAGGUAUUAGUUCAUGUGUUUGUUGAAGGGUUAUUAGCUGUGGUGGAGCCUCAGCUGUAUGUACGGUGAUGAUCGGCUGUCAGCGGCUCUGGUCUGCUCUAAAAAUGUCUUGACAACUGUUGGAUUGAGUGUCGUGGAGUUUGGUUCAGAUGUUGAUAGCUCCCAGAGAAUGAUAGAUGACUUAAACAUUUAUCUUAUUUUUACUGAAGCCCGCCAUCGGUGAGGCUGGUACGUGUGGCAUUGAGUGAAAUUAUUGUCAUUUGUAAAAUGGAAUUCCCCAUUAAUUGUAUAAAUUAUCGUAAAUCCAAGCACCAUUAUGAGUUCCGAGCUGCCUUCAAUCAAGGACGGUCAGCACAGAAAUAUGAACAGAAGUGUUUUUUUCUUUUGAGCAGUGGAGUUAUUUUUGGGCUUUAAUGGAUUUAUUUGUUUGAUUGGACUGUGGAUAGAGUAGGAAACUGGUGAGAGAAAGAGAGAGAGAGGGCCCCAGGUUGGGUCAGGCAAUCCCUACUUCAAGGACUACUGCGUCUGUGCUUAGGGCCCAAACUGGCGCUAAGAAACCAGUUUGUAUUCAAGCAAAUGUGUGUUGGUCAGCCUCCUGCUUAUUCUUUUUGACAACUCUGGGACAUUAUAAACCAGAAUCUCCAAUUGCAUUUUCGUGCCUUUAGGCAGAUUAGCAGCAUGAUUUAAUAUUCAGUUAUUGGUUGAUUAUCCAGGAGCAAGUUAAUGACAUAUAACAGCGAUGGUAGGUCAGCUGUUGGUUAUUUUAUUGUCAAAGAGAAACACGGAUGAUCCAGCGCUCAACAACUCAGUGUGGUUUUACCGUCUCCUUAUUAGAUUGAGGCUACGUUGUUAUUAUUAAUUUCAAGUGACAAAGUAGUGAUAUUAAAAGUGUGUUUCGGAUUUAUACUGAUGAAGUGCGCUCUUGCAAGUCAAGUCUUAAAAGGAAUUUUAAUUGAAAGCGUUUGGUGAUUUUAUGUAGCCUAAAAUUUCUUUCGUCAUGAUUUUAUGUUUCCUCUAAAUGUGAUAUUGGUUUUAUGAUCCAAGCUGGUUUAAAGGUUGUUGAUUUCUUUCCACUGCCUUGUAAAGUAAUCUUUUGUCGUGGAGAUUUUGAGAAGUUCUCCAAAAAUAAAGACGCACGGUAUCUAAUUUAAAACAUGUGUUAACUCGGCAGGAUUUCAGCAUGUUUUUGACCUGUACGCAAAUAACACUCAUGUUGUUUGCUGACAGAGUUAUUGAUCCUCGAUAAGCACUGACGGUAGAAACCCUUGUCAAUUUCAAAUAAAUGUAGAGUGAAUACUUUAUUAUUGCCAAAGGAGCAUUUUUUCCACAAUUGAUGUUAAGAAUCUGUGGGAGUUGACUCAAUCUGUCUCUUCUUCAUUUGGUUAUUACUUUAUUUAUAGUUAUAUUCGCUAACCAGUGAACUACUUACCUUAGCUUACAUGAACGGGACAAUCAUCGUAUUAUUGACAGGAGCAUGUCUACACUAAGUGGCGAGUCCCCCUUUCGACUUCUUACUAUCAGGUUGUCUCUCUGUUGACAUGUUGCGUCUCACUAUCAAAACAUCAACAGCAAGAGGCCAACAGGACGUCACUUUUAAAAGUCUGUCCGGUUUGUGAGGACAAUUUCACCGCUUCUACAACUUUCCUUCAUCUGCCGAGGUCAUUGUUGUCAUUGCUUUUCUAAGACAAGCUAGAGUGUAAACAGGAUCAAUAAGCACAGUUAUAUAUCGACACUUAAGCUCAGAUGCUGUUCCUUACCUCUGCUGUUUCCAGGCAGAUGCCAUGUUUCUCAAACCCAGAGACUCAACAAGUGACAGUCUGAUGUCAGCAGGAGUGUGGGACUCAUGCUGUGCCAUCUCUUUAUUUACAGGAAGUAAUUACUUGUUGAGUCUGUUUUAAUAGCCUCUGAAUCCAGCAUCUGCUCGCUCUACAGGAAGCUGGCAGAAGAAGGAAGUGCUCUUUUUCCAUCUUAGUUACAAAUAGAGUUAACCAGUUACUUAUCCUUUUGAGUUUCCUCUAUAACCACAUCUAUGGAUGAAAUAAAUCAAAUUACGCCCGCUCAGAUAGAUAUUUGAUGUUUCUUUAUUUCCAAACAGAGGGAAGGACCUCUCAGAGAUCAGUGAAUCUUGUGCGCGGUUGUGUUCAAGUAAAUAAGAGUCUACAAUUAUUCAUCCUUUAUCUGAUAUAGACCUUGUCAAACUAUUAAAAUGAAACUCAUGUGGACUGACUGAAAAAUUAAAUGCUAUGUGGAAAAACCUUGUUACAUGACUCUCACUAUAAUUUUAUAACCAGAUUCUCUCUUCUAAUAACCUGGCCUUACUUGCAAAGUAAAAAAAUGAAAAGAUUUUAAAGCAGAAGCGAGAUUUUAAGGCAAGAAAUACAGAAUGAAGUUUGAAAAUAUAGUAGUGUUUAAAAGAUACAGCUACAUAGAUUCUGUAGUUUUAAGGUAGUGUGCUCUAGAAUUGAAAGAAGUGAUCUGCAAAUUGUUACGUUUGAAAUGCAGGAAUAAAUUAAACCCGCUAGUGCACUUGUUAAGAUUUCUAUUGGACUAGUAUACUGUAAAACAAUUUAUCUGCAAGUUUGAAAUUUAAAAUAAGAAUAAUGCACAUGACUGAGAGCAAAUGUAGAAAAGAGAAGUUGAAAUGAAUAACAAAUAUGCAGGAAAAAAAUAGAUUAAUCCCAAGUUCUUUACUAUUUCUUUACCGAAGUUUUAAUGUAUUUUAGGUAAAAAUAAAAAAAAUUCUAACUUUCGACUGCAGAGGGUUUUUUGUUCCAAACUCUAUCAAAUCAUCUAAAGCCAAUCAGAUGUAAUUCUGCAAUGUCUUUAGCCUCUUAUCCAUCACAAAAUCAACGAAUUAUUACCAACAUACAUGCAAAAAAUAAGCGAUCUAACUAAGCAAACUACACGAUCGAGUAACACCACACGUAAAAAGGUAGCCAAGUGACUUAAAUGCUGCACCUCUCGAUAGUUAACCAGUCCCUAAACUGAGUGAUUGAUGACUGACGCGGUUUAACAUGCAUCAGGCUUGAACUGGUGUGGGCAGGUGUGCGGCGUCAAAGAACCUGAGCCACAGGGCCUCCUCAGUCCAGCAGUGGCUCUGCUCUGGUAUUAGCGGCCUGUUAGCAGGGGUCAUGUGAAGAAAUAGAUUUUGUGCUGAGUAACAUUACGAGUUUUGUAAGCCUGUGGUCUGCUGCACAGUCGGGCUUUUUGUGGAGUCUAUUGAUUGUCCCCGUGUGCGGUGCAGGGUUUCAGCGUGUGUGUUUCAGGCCUCAGGAAGACGCAUUAGAAGAGAUUCGGGCUCUGUUUUUAGAGGCUGGGUGAUGGGGACAGCUACCUAAAGGGGCUGUGUUUUCGACAUUACUGGUUUGACACCGGCUUCAAACUGAAACUCAGAGGACGUUAAAAAGCUCGGCCAUGUUUGACGUUGGUGAUCAAUAAAGAAGAACAUUAAACAUUUCAUAAUUAUAGACAAACAGUAACUUUCAGGUGCUCAUCCAUUUACUGAACUGGUCUAAGAUGUACAUCAUUUUGCUGUACGCGUCACUGAUCUUGUCUCCUAAAUAUCUCAUCCUGUUUCUUUCCUUAAACAGUCAAAUGAGUCGUUUAUUGUUCAUAUUUUCUGUAAAGAAGUUGAAAAACAGUGUUUCCUCAGCCUGCUGUCAAUCCUCUCAUCUGUCACUUACCCCCUUGUAAUGGUUUCAGGCAUUAAAGGGAAUAAAAUGGAAAUUGCAGAUCUCAUUGCCGAUAGUCAUGUUUGCUUUUGUAAAGCCCCAAAGAGGCAUUAGUAUCAAAUUCAGUCUGUUUUACAAACUUAAAACUUGUGGAGUGCUGCUGGCGAAGCGCCCCCUCAUAAACAGAGCUCAUGCCUCAGAGGGACAGCCCAGGUUUGCUUCUAGCCUGCAGCUUCCUCUCCGCGUGUCACAUCCAGCUCUCUUUUUUUUCUCCUUCUUUAUCCAUUAUCCUGUACUCAAAAUAAAGACAUUAAAAAACCUUUUUUUUAAAAAGCCAAAGAGUUAAAAGGAGGUCUUCACUGUGGCUUUAAAUAUGACAAUUUAAUUAUUAAAGGUAUGAAAUUAAGUUUAGUCAUCAAAAGGGUUGUCUUUUGAUUGGACCAAAUUUAUGUUCAUUACUUUUGAUUAAAUGAAUUAAAGUUGGAGACAUUUACUAGACUUGAAGAAAUAGUUGUAUAACUUUCAACAGUCAACUUUAAUUCAACCCCCAAAGGAAUUUACUGAUGAUUGAAAUAAUUGUUGCGACUAAAAAAAACCUAGUACUGAGCAAAAAACACAAGAUAAUCUCUCAAUAAUCAUGAGGUUUAUACACAACACAGAGAAGAUGCUGAAUGUCUUCGCAACUUUACAAGAUUUUGCUUCAGUUAAAAAGUAAUAAUUGGGAUUAUUUGUAAUUUAACUCCUCUGAAGAAUAAAUAAAAUAUACAGGGAGAAAUCUGAUAUCUGGUGUUACUUGAUUGUUCUCGGUAUAGGGUGCCAUACCUUAUUUUUCCCAAAAGUGAGGUACAGUAAUCCAAAAGUUUUUCCCUUCUAUCAGAGCUGUGUGUGUGUGUGUGUGUGUGUGUGUGUGUGUGUGUGUGUGUGUGUGUGUGUGUGUGUGUGUGUGUGUGUGUGUGUGUGUGACCGGCUAAAACCAAUAAGUACUGCAGACAUAUUUUGUGCUCAUUUGUGGGUGUGUCUGUCAGCGCAGUGGUUCUGAUCUGAAUUAAGGGUCAGCGCUCACAUGUAUAAAUAACUGACACACUCCAUGUGCACAUGAGCUUGUUGUCGAAGCACAUGAUCCAGUGAGUAAGGGUCUCUCUCUCUCUCUCUCGCUUCCCCUCCUUUCUCUCUCUCUCCCUCCCUCUCUCUCUCUUCCCGCCUCUCCCGCUCCGUCUGUAAUCACCUAUUCUUGGAGCUUUUUUCCAAUUGCCUCAUCGGAAAACCAUGUGAAGAGGGAUGGCAGAUCUGCAGUGAUUGAACAGUUCUGUUCGCAAUUUAACUCCAUCUGAUAGGGGUUAGCUCGGCUGCUCACACAACUGUGUUUCUUUCUCGCUGCGGCGAAGUGAGUCGCUUCAAACAAAAAUUCAGGAAUGAGAUUUUUCCUAUUUUUGUGCAGCACAGGCGACACAAAAGAAUGAAUUUAAACUCAAAACUUCAAGAGGUUGGCGCUGGUUUUUAUAGAGGGGUUAAAAGAGGAUUUCCCCCAGAGCCCCUUUGAAUGUUUUCAAGUGAGGGCACAGAUGUGGAAAACUCAAACAAGUUCUCGAAGCAGAUGCUCUGCAUGUUUGGACUGUUUACUAUAUGAUACUGCGUACUUUAGCUUCUAGCUUAUCAGAGGGACAUGGUAUUAUCUAGCUUAUUUUAAAUAUGUGUUUUAAAUCGUAUAUUCUGCUGAGCUGUACUGUUUGUAGUGUGACAGGGGUGAUGUUUGACUGAGGCCCUGAACAAUGGAAUUGGCCCCAAGUUACUUUUUUAAAGAAAUAAUAGUGUCAAACUCAUGUUUGAUGAUUGUAUAAUAAUCAGUGCUUGACCGAUAUUGGUUUUUUUAACAGCUGAUGCUGGUUAUAAGAAAGUGGGCUGGCCGAUUUUAUCAUUACUGGGCUCCUUAUGAUGUAUAAAAAUGGCCUUCAAUUCUGUUUUAACUGAGAAUUUUGUUUUUAUUUGUCUUUUUUUAUGUGCUUUAUGACUAUUUGUCAAAGCACUUUGUGAACUUCUGUUUUUAAAAGUGCUAUAAAAAUUAAGUUAUUAUUUUUAUUAUUAUUGUUAAAAUCAAAUUAUUAUUAAAAUUAUUAUUUAAAUCUAAUACACAUUUUCCCCUGUUAUGCUUUUGAUGGGUUUCUAAUGAAUUAAUGAAACAGAAAAAUACAUGGGUUCAUGUUAAACAGUUAAACAUGACUGAUGUUAAACUGCAUCUUUCUGGUAUUAUUAACAUAGUCAUCAGUAGUUAGAGUGGUAUUAGGAUUUAUAUUUGAUAUAAUGAUACCAGAUACAUGGGUUAGCCCCUCAUGCAGACUCAGCAGACUGCUCUUGAAGUACGCUUUAUGACGGGGCCGUCAACUCAUGCCCUCCUACAAAUAUCAACAUUUUACAACCUGCUCUCUGAGAUUCGAUCUUGUUUUGUUCUUGAUUUUAUCUGUCACGCUGAGCAUGAGUCUACUCACAUCUUAAAGUUUAAUCGUUUUGUUUUUGCUUGGCUCUCCCACUGUUUGUUAAUGAGGUGUAACAUUUGAAUCAAUCAGUGACACUUAUUUUCUCUGAAUUUUAGGGCACCAAGUUUGUUUCCUCUUUUUUUUUUCAGAAUGUGAUUUCAAAGAAAAGUGAUUGGGGGUUUUGAGAUAAUUUUGCUGUUGAAAGUGUUGAUUGUUUUAAAGUUUCAGAUAGUGUGUAGGGGAUGCUGGAUGCUGACUUUUGACCCACUGAGACUUUAUAAACACUAAAAACUUAUUUGUGGAUUUCCAUGAAGUUUUAUUCAUAAAAUCAUGGACUUUUUAAAACUGUGUCAGACUUUUAUUUUUCUGUAGCUUCACCAGCUGGUCAAAACAUUGAUUUUUGCACAAGUCGGUUCAUCUGUCAAACGAAUAGCACAGCUUUAGUAGAUACUCGUGUUUAUUCAUUCAGUUUUGGAAAGUUGUAGAGAAGAUCAUGUUGGAUUCAGGACUGUUCCUCAAACUCAUGUUCUCUUUGGAUAAUAAUAAUAAUAAUAAGAUGGAUCUUGUUUGACACUGUUUGUUGUGGAUAUGGUAAACAAAGCUCAGAGACUCUGAUCUGGUUUUAACUCCUGUCAGCGCUCAGUACAGGCUCACACAGUUGCUUUCAUGGCUGCAGAACGAUUCUCCGUCUUAUCUUGUCGCCCAGUUUUAAGAUCAUUGCUGUUGUAAAUUCUAGACAUAUUUAAAUUUAUAUUAGUUGCACUGAUACUGUUUUUACAUUUGACCAUAUUAUGCUAAAAAAAAGAUUACAACUCACCUUUUAAUAUACUUACAUGUGAGCAUCAUGUUUGGUUUGUCCUAUGACCUGAUUAUGUAAUUUUUUCUCCAAGUGUAAUCAGUCUGUUUUUACUUUUAUUGAAAAAGGAGCAGAUAUACCAUCAAAAAAAAAACUAUGAUGCAGCAGUGGAAAACUGCUCAGGGGUCAAGUUGCCCACGAGUUUUGGUUCAGGAUCAGUUUUCAUGCCUUUUUCCAAACCUCGGUCACCAGUUGGUUAAAUAGGAAUCAACCCCAGUCGAGCCUCGGCCUCAAUUUACAGAGUGGAAACCAUCCCUCCUCAGGCCAAAGCACGGGUUUAACUCCCAAGAUGUAAAAGAAGACGAUUGGGCUGUCACAACUUUGAUUAAAUUGAUUCUCCUCACUUGAUGUAAUGCAAAGAGCAGAUGAUCCGUUUAAGAUCUUUUCCACUAUGCGGGCUCGCCCCCUUUUCUUUUUUUUCUCACCUCUGACUCUUCCAAUAAAAUUCAUUUCUGUCCUUUAUUUUCUGUUUCCAGGAUCGAGAUCGAGGACUCGGAGGCAGUGGGAAUCUCCAACAUCAUCUCGAACCUGAUAACCAUGUUCCCUCGAAGUAUCUUAACAGCGCUGCCAAGUGAACUCUUCACCUCCUUCAUCAACUGCCUCACGAUACUCACCUGCUCUUUUGGACGCAGCGCCGCCCUAGAGGAAGUGGUGAGUAAUUACACUCUAAACUGUUAACAUCUAUUUGCAUAUUCUGCAUCAAAAUGUAAAACCAUAAUGAGCAGGACCAGACUUUGAUUUCAGGAAGGUUUUGGUUUAGUGAAAGCAGACAAAAUACUGUGCAAAGUUUGUAAAUGUUGGACUUUCUUUGUGCGGCACACAGCUGGAUAAGGACGAUAUGGUUUACAUGGAGGCCUACGACAAACUCCUCGAAUCUUGGCUGACGCUUGUCCAGGACGAUGAGCAUUUCCCUCGCGGCUGCUUCGUCCAGCCGGCGAUUCAGGUCUUCAACUCGUACAUCCAGUGUCACCUGGCCGCUCCAGACGGCACCCGGAAUCUGGUGAGACUCCGCUCCCCCUACAUUUUUCCUUUUUCAGAUAUUGAACUUUUUUAUUUGCAUUUCAUAAAAUCCUGAUCCUUGCUCACUUUACAACCCCUCAGUCAGUGAACGGCAUCUCCACCCACGAUGAGGAGGAGAUAAACGAGCUGCAGGAAGACGACAGAGAGCUCUUCUCUGACCAGCUGUCCAGCAUCGGCAUGCUGGGACGUGUAGCCGCUGACCACUGUAUCCCUCUACUUACAAGGUAAAACAAACGUCUACCUCUAAAACGUAACUGCUUUUUAAAAUUUGUGUAUCUCCUGUUGAAACUGUUCCUAUGUCUUCCUCCUGCAGCCUGUUGGAGGACCGGGUGACGCGACUACACGGUCAACUCCAGAGGACCCAGCAGCACCUCAUGGCGUCGUCUGACCCAGGAUCAAUGGACCGCAAAGUCCUGGACGACCUCUACGAGGACAUCCACUGGCUCAUUUUGGUCUCAGGUUGGCAGCCGAACACGAAACCUUCAUUUUGAGAUUUUUUUUUUCAUCAAAUUCCUCUAAAUCAGACGUUAUUGUUGCUGAUUUUAUUCGUGGCAUCUCUGCAAUUCGGGGCAUCCGCCAAAAUAUCUGCCAUUUUUUGAUGAAGCAUGAACUAUUCUAGAAUAAUUUAUUAUUUUUCUCAGAGAAAGGAUGAAGGGGGAUUUAUUGUUCGAGGUCAAAACAAAGUAAAGCAGUAAGACAACUUUAAGGGAAUGUCGUUGCCUGAGUCUUAACAGAUACUUUAAUAAAUGUAGAAACACAAUCAAAACACUUUAUUGAAUCCUAAUAAACUAGAGAACAGCUGUUUUUUAGUUCUGUUUGUUCCACUUCACUGGUUUUAUUUGCGAAUCAAAACAGAAAAGCAGAACUCCACCCCGUCCUGUGGGUUAGUCUUGAUGAAAUAAUGUCUGAAUCAGCUUUAUUACAGGCUACGGUGGACUACAAUAAAACACUCACAGAGGGACAUUUGUUGGUACCAUAGAGAGUUGUUGUUGAAAGGAGACUGGUCUUUUUAUUGGUGGUUUUAUCAAUUACUUGGUUAAAGUCCGUUGUUGUCUUUUAAUGAGCUCCAAAAACAGAAAAGCCCAUCAGCAACAAGAUUCAUAAUAUCGUUUUGCUCAUUUUUAACACUUGUUGACAUAAACCAGACAAUCUGAGCUACAGCAAGAUGCAGAAACAGCUUUUUUAUUACAAAGAAGUUACAGGUUACAAUUUUUUUCAUCGUUGAAUACUUCUUACACAUGAACAGAAAGAUCAGAGGCACCUCUUGGUCGACAGCGGACACCAAAGCUGAUAUAAAAUCAAAGUUUCUUGCAGGAGCUUUAAUGUUUUGUGUCUUUGAAAAGUCUGAAAUGUCACCAACAGCUUAAAUACGUCUGCAUAGAUUUUUAGUUUUAGAAAGCAACGAUGAACAAAAGAUAGAAGAAAGAUGUUUAUUUUUUUGUGUGAAAUAUUUGAUGAAAAGCGCAGAUCAACAAAACAAGCAGACUAUAACUUCUCCUUACGAAGCUGUCUGUGUGCUCUUCAGGGUAUUUACUAGCAGACGACCCUCAGGGAGAGACUCCGCUGAUCCCGUCGGAGGUGAUGGAGUUUUCCAUCAAACACUCGACGGAGGUGGACAUCAACACGACGCUGCAGAUCCUCGGAUCACCGGGAGAGAAAGCAUCAUCUAUACCAGGCUUCAACCGAACGGACUCAGUCAUCAGGUACUGUUUCUGCUGAGAUUGAAACUUAAGCUGUAACAUUUAUUUAUAUUUAUAGUAGCUCAUUUUCUAUGCAUAACACACAGAUAAAUAGCAAAUCUGUUGUGUCUUAUGUAAGCCAAAGAUUAUUAACUCUCACAUUUCUAGAAAUUUCUCCCUCCACUGUAUAAGAGGGAUUUUUUGUGCUGCAGAGUUUUCGUGCCGCCGAAUAGUUUUAUUUUCUGGUAACUAAGGGUUCUUGCAUGGUAUGAGCAGUUUGUUUACCUUUGCUGUGUUCGGCUUUGGUCUUGAAAGUAUUUAAAAAAAAAAGUUGCCAUGCAAGACAAUUCCCGGCAUCUGGCAUUGAGAACUGGAAGGUCAACGCCUCAAAUACCUGAACCAUCUGAAAAAUACCUGAAAGUCAGAAGAGAGAGAGGAGUCUUAGUCUCACUCUCACUCUGAAGAGAAGUUUAAGGUGAAGUGUGAAGGUCUGUGGUUUAAAUCUGUGCUUUGUUAAUCAAAACCUCUGUGCACAUCACAGGUCGGCCGAGUAUUUUUGGCGCCGCACAUUAGUCUGACUCAAGGACCAGGAUCGCGCUGUCACAUGGGUCGUUGUAUUGUAAGGGAUGGCACUUCAUUGUACCCGGCAGUCCUCAGAUGUUGUGACAGUUCGUCUCACUUUACAUGCCAGAGCCCAUAAAACUCUCCCAGAAUAGACUUUCCUCGCUGUCCAACCCCGAAGCCGCCUAUACCCUUUAGUGUCAGUCAGAGUCAUUGUGCUGUAAAGCUUUAGGUGUCCAGGUUCACACCAAAACACCAUCUGAAUGUACAGUCAGUAAAACGCAUGCUAACAAAGUCUCACACAGGGGGGUUUAGUUUAAUGAGUUCUGCAAGAUCACAAUAAAAAUAACAGAGCUGCGACAUGCGCUCGCUUUUACGUAAUCAGUUUGAGGACGAGAUGCGUUGGAGGGGUGUAACUUUAGAUUCUAACUUCACUAAGACCAAAACCAGAAGUGGAUGAUCAAGAAAGACUGAAACUGAGUGAUCUGUGUCUUUUUGGAUCAGUGUGUUGAUCUUCUGUUUAGAAAAAAUCGGGUAUUUCCAUCGAAUAGGGGGGAAAAGAGCAGGACAGUUUUUCAGAGCUCAAAGUCAAGUCAAGUCAAGUUUAUUUGUAAAGCACAUUUCAGCAGCAGGGCAAUUCAAGGUGCUUUACAUGAAACAAGCAGGCAAAACAUUCAACACAAUUUAAAAAGUAAAAACAGCGUAAAAGACAUUUAACAGAUUAAAAGUUACAUUCAAAGCUAAAAUAAGGGAGAUAAAAGAAGACAAAACUUAGAUUGGAGAGAGAGAAAAAUAAAGAUCAAGACAGGCAAAUGAUGAAGAUGUUGUUUAGAGGCCCCAGCUUUAUUUAUAUGGCACUUUUCGUACAUAAGGAAAUGCAAUUCAAAGUGUCUCACAGAGGCGAAAAGCAACAAUGAAGACUAAAACCCAACCCUUCCAUCCACACAUACACCCAUGGACCCACACGCACACAAAGACACACACCUACCCUCACUCACCCACACAUACACACACACACAACCGCACACAGUGUGAGAAUUUACGAUAUAAGUUAAAGAGACAUGGCCCGACAUCGAGACAUUUACAUGAGGAAAAAAAAGUCCGCCCCAAAGAUCAGAAAAUCACGGUUAAUCGUCAACAGACUGGACUUUUGGAGAAUGUUUCUGGUCUUGAGUCCACCCAAAGCGCUUCUGCGGUGCAUGUCAUAUUCACCCAUUCACACACACUCACACACUGCUAGUUAAAGCUGCUUAGACCGAUAAAGAGUACAUUCUUCAAGGCUUGGCGAUAUGAGAUAGGAAUAAAAUGUCAGAAACAAAAGCUCUAACUAAAGCUAGACGCCUUGUUUGCCUCACAUUUUCCAUUUCUUGUGGCAGUGUUGUAUGUCCCUGUUAAACAAACAUUACAAUAAAAUCAAUAACUGUACGCUGUCUUGGCUGCAGUAACAAACUAAUUUUUUAUUGACUUAAAACCCUCUUAAGAUGUAGAAUAAGAUUAUCCUCUCUGUGCUCGUCAAACAUCAAUAAAAACACAAUGGUUCCUAAAAAAAAAACUACACAACAACAGAUAAUAAAAUAGACUGUGGGAUUCAAAGCUCUGGCUGCUGUUAUCAGAUGGGAUUUAUUUUUCAACGUCAAUUAAAUGUGCAGCGCGGCAGUAAUGUGACUGUGAUGUUCGAACCUCGUGCGGUUCAGGGGCGGCUGGCGGUCACACUGGAUGCUCGUCUAAUAGAGGGUGACCGAGUGUGAGUGUGUGUGUGUGUGUGUGUGUGCAGAUAAUCACAGUGACGACAAUAGAAAGUCACAGCAGUCAGCCAGAUUGUCUGCUGAAGGUCAUUUAGCCCUUGUUCUUUCUAGAUUGUUCAUUAAGUGGAAGAGUGUGUGUGUGUGUGAGUGUGUGUGUGUGUGUGUAUACGUGUGCAAAAGAGAUGACAGCAAUGACAGAGGAUUGCAGAGGCGAGUGGUGGCGAGAAUCAUGUUUCCUGAUGGCGAGAGGAUGACCCCGGCUCCGUAAAUGUCAGCGCGGUUUUGUUUUCUGCAAACAAUGUGAAACUGUGCACUGUCCUCCACAGAGGGGGGCGGAGCAAUAAGCUGCCUUAAGCCCUCUGUCUCUCUGUCCUUUAUGAAAAGUGUGUGUAUGUGUUUGUGUUUGUGUGUGGGGGGACUCGCUCUCACCAACACACAAAGGGCAUCAUUAUAUCUAUGACCGUCUCGUACUGUUUGGUUAUUUUUUAAAUGGGUGAUUUGAUCGGUCAUCAACCCUGAAACGAGAUACGAGACAAAUAACUUCUUACCAACUCUUCUGCAGUUUCUCUCGCACAAUCUGCUCCUGAAACUUCCAGACUUUCCCCCGCAGCAGGAGAGUCUCCCUGCAGGGACAGAUCUCAGGGGGCUUAGAGUAAAGAGGGUGCAGCUGUGUUCGAAAAUUGCGGAUGAAGCAACAGAGUGGAUGCUAUGCCGACUGUUUUUUACCUCUGUGUAAGAGCAUCCUCACUGCAUGCUUCGAACAUCAUCACUCUGCAAACUCAGUAGCAGUACAGUCUCCUGAAUUUUACUGACAUUUUGCAGUAAAAGAGGACGUACAGUUUGGUGAAAAAUAAGUCUGUUGGGAGUCACACCUGCAGCCCACCCUGAAAAUUCAUUAAAAGAGCUCAGACCAGGGUCAGCGAUGGCCUAAAGGUCUAAGCGCCCCACGUUUAGAGGAUAUAGUCUUUUAUUUUAUUUUAUUUUAACUUAUUUAUUUCUGUCUUUUUGUCUAUUUCUCAUAUCGUUUAUGUUUUUAAAUAACUUGUUAACUCCUCAGUCAUUUUAUUCUUUAAUCAUUCUUCUAUAUCUUUGAUUUUCUUACCAUUGUUUUGUUUUUAUUCUAAUCUGUAAAACACUUUGUUACCCUGUUUUGAAAAGUGCUGUAUAGAUAAAGUUUAUUAUACUUAAACAACAUUGCUGUGCAUAAAUAUAGGAUAAAGAAGCCUGCAACAGCCGUACAUGAGGUGUGAGUGCAUGUGUUAAACGUUUAUAGCAAAUUUAAGAUUACCUGGAACUCAACUUGAAUGUUUUUAGGGCUGCUGUCAGAUGAUCUGUGCAGAUCCCUUUGGAAGCGUCUUUGACUAAUGAGUGUUGGUUGAUGAAAUAUUUCUCUCUCCUUGAAAAAUAAGUUGUUCAUACCCAGCUGUUUUUACCGUAUUUUCGAACUAUAAGGCGCACUUAAAAUCCUUUUGGCUUGUCGGAGCACUGCAGCUACCGUAGCCUCGAGGAGUUUCUGAAUGAGUUAAAUAAGGUUUGACUUAUCUGACUGUUUUGUUUAGCCUCAUGCGCCUUAUAAUCAGGUGCGCCUUAUUGUACAAAAAAUCCAGUAUUUUGUCGGGUCUUGGUUGAUUAGUUGUCAUAAACUCUUUUCUUAUUUACUCAACUCAUUUUCAGUUCCUGCCUCGUAUUUCACUGGACGACUACAAUCGUCUUUUAAUGUUUGUUUUUAUCUCUGUUUUCACUGCUGCACUCUGAUGGUUUUUUAUCCUGCUGUCUUUGACCUUUUUGUGACUCAGGUUGCUAUCAGCCGUGUUACGAACAUCAGAGGUCGAGUCCCGGGCAACAAGAGCGAGCCUGACGGAGCUCCUGAGCCCACAGAUGGGAAAAGACAUUGUGUGGUUCCUCAGACGCUGGGCCAAGACGUACCUGCUGGUGGAUGAGAAGCUCUAUGAGCAGGUACAAGACUCUCCGCCCCUCUCACAGUCAAACAGAUAUUUCUCCUUCAGCUCGCUCACGUCUCCUUUUGUCUCUUUCCAGAUCAGCAUCCCUCUCAGCACAGCCUUUGGUCCGGACACAGAGGGCUCCCAGUGGAUUGUGGGAUAUCUUCUGGAGAAGGUGAUCAACAACUUGUCUGUGUGGAGCUCAGAAGCCGAGCUGGCAAACGACACGGUGGAGCUGCUGGUGACUCUGGUGGAGAAGAGGGAGAGGUGAGGACAGUCAUGAUGGAUUUACAUCAAAAAAAUAAAAUAAGGGAUCAGAUUUUAACAGCCGCUUUGAUUCUUCGCGUCGUUCAGGGCAAACAUCGUGGUGCAGUGCGAGAACUGGUGGAGUCUAGCGAAGCAGUUUGCCAGUCGCAGUCCGCCCCUCCACCUGCUGUCCAGCUCGGUGCAGAGGACUCUGAUGAAAGCUCUGGUCCUGGGAGGCUUCGCUCAGAUGGACGCCGACACCAAACAGCAAUACUGGGCUGAGGUAAGAAAUGAAAAUGAGUUCUGACGCAACAGGAAGGUAGACAACAUAAAUGUACAGCUUUACAAAAGGAAACAGUGAGUAAAAAAAUGUCUUCACUGUUAAAAAACACAAAAACUCAUAACCCAUAAAGAAGUUACAAACCUCUACAAACUGCGUCAGGAUCAGAGAAGGAAUGAUGGAUGCAGUCGAUAAUAUUCCCCCCGCCGAGUCUUUCUCCCGUGUGUAUAACAUGAUCCUUUUAGUGAUCCUGCAGGCCUGUGUCUUAAUAGGCUGACAGUAGUAAGUAAACGUUGGUGCAAAGCCACAAUGACUCCAGAGUAAUUAUUGGAGGGGGGGGUGAGACGGCAGCUGUUGGCUCCUGCAGCUGCUUUGUCUCAACUUGGAUCGCUCUGUGGGAGGAGGAAGAAGAGCGAUGGAGCCAACAACUGAUCAAACACUCUUUUGUUACAUCUGCACAUUCCUCCUCUUCUCUUACAGGCACCGAGAAAUCGCUCUGACCCCUUAAAUCGAAUAACGGGGGUUUAGCGCGAUAUGUUUGUCAUAACUGAGCUCAGAGAAGCCGGUUUGUUGGGACAACAGUCGAAAGCCCCAGAGUGUUUGCUGCAGACCACAACUGAAUGUUAAAAAGUAACAGUAAAGUCGUAACUGUAUUAGAGCUUAAAGUAAUGAGUGCAAAACUGGGAAAAUUAUGAAAGAAAAUCCCCGAAAACUUUUGUCUUCCCUGGACCCUUGCAAGCUGCAGAUGCUGCGUCUACCGAACUUAUUUUUAACUCUUAAGGACAUUAAAUAGUCUAGAGCAGGUUUAUUACAGAAUAUAAACAUUUAAAAAUUGACACAAAGAUGGUUUCCGCCCACUCAGGUGCUUCACCCGCUCCAGCAGCGUUUCCUCAACCUCAUCAACCAGGAGAACUUCGCUCAGAUCAGCCAGGAGGAAGCCGUCAAGCAAGAAAUCGUCGCCACGUUAGAGGCUCUGUGCGGCAUCGCCGAGGCAACGCAGAUCGACAACGUGGCCUCGCUCUUCUCGUUCCUCAUGGACUUUCUGUCCAGCUGCAUCGGCCUCAUGGAGGUAAGAGAUGGAGCCAGUAAAAGAUCGUUGACACCGAGUAAGAAACAGCUGAAUAGGCUGAUUUACAAGGAUGCAACUGAUUUAAUCUACAGAGCGGUGAGGAGAACAAGCAGACAAAUCUGUCUUUAGGGUUCAAGAAUCUGUAGAUUUUUCAUCAUGCAGGGAAAGUUAAUCAUGUGACGGUGUUUUCAGAUUUCUGUGACAGUUAUCUUUCAUCUCAGUGUUUUACUUCUGUCACUCAGGUCUACAGCAACACGCCCGAGACAAUCAACCUCAUCAUCGAGGUUUUUGUGGAAGUGGCGCACAAGCAGAUCUGCUACCUGGGAGAGGUGAGUGACACGACAGAGCAACACGUUCAGCAGUUUCUUUGUUUGUCUUAAAGCCGGAAAUUUGAAGGAGAAAAAAAAGUGUGCAAAAACUAUCCAUGCUUUAGUUUUUGUGUAGGACCAUUUCUCUUUCUUGAAAAAGUUGCUGCUCCUCGUUUUUUGACAUGGCACUUAACUCCAAAUAUUUUUCCCUGAUACGGCCCCUAAAAAUCAUCUGGAUUUCAUCAAAUAGCAUUUCAGUUUAAUAAAAGGAGCUUCAAACUAGACGUCUCUCCUCGUUUUCUGAGAUGUUAACUGUCGUCUCUCUCCUCCUCCUCCUCCUCCUCAUGCAGACUAAAUCCAUGAAGCUGUACGAAGCGUGUCUGACGCUGCUGCAGGUCUACUCCAAAAACAACCAGAGUAGAAAAAGGAGUGACGCCACCGCUGAGGAGGACCAGUACCAGGACCUGCUGCUCAUCAUGGAGCUGCUCACAAACCUGCUCUCUAAAGAGUUCAUCGACUUCAGUGACACAGGUGAGUGAACUGGAAGUGUCUGCCUUUACAAUUAUCUAUUAGAGUUGAAGACUUCUCUCUGAACAACGUCCACGUUCUUGUUACAGACGAGGUGUUUCGAAACCAAGACCAAGGAACGCCGGCGUCUGGUCGGACGGUGUCAGCAGCUGAUGUUGUUCUCUACGGUGUCAACAUCGUUCUUCCGCUCAUGUCUCAGGACCUGCUGAAGGUAAAACCGCUCAACACAGAGGCUUUGACCACACUACAAGCAAAAACAGGGUCUGUUCUCUUGAGGUCACAGGGUUCAAUAUAGUCAUCUGCUUUAUCUUGACUCCCUUUAUCUUCCAGUUCCCGUCUCUGUGUAAUCAGUACUACAAGCUUAUCACCUUCAUUUGUGAGAUCUUUCCAGAGAAGAUCCCACAGCUGCCUGAAGACCUCUUCAAAAGCCUUAUGUUCUCACUGGAGCUGGGAAUGACCUCGUAUCCUCACCAUGCACACCAUCUUUUGUGUGUGCAGACAGUUGCAGCAUUAGGUAGUAUGUUGUGAAGUUGAAGCACUUGUUUAUUUCCAGUAAGAACGAGUUGAUCAAAUAUUUUCAGUGGCCCUAAUCGCCAUAUGUGGUUUCAACCGAGAGGUAAAUUUCCUCCUGAUGAAUGUAAACAACAUCUCUCAGAUUUUGUUAAAUGUUACCUUGUUUGGCCUCUGAGUUGCAGCUGUGGCUGAGCCCUUCAACAUCAUAAAAAGCUUAUUGUUACGCAGCGUGUGUUAUUCCUUAACGUGUGUGUUCAGGAUGAGUUCAGAGAUCAGCCAGCUGUGUUUGGAGGCUUUGUCUCCUCUGGCCGAGCAGUGCGCUAAGAACCAGGAGAAGGACACGCCUCUCUUCAUCGCCACCCGUCACUUCCUCAAGGUACACUCCACGUCCUCCUGGCAUGGUUUUUAUUUUCUCUGUGAUUAACCAAUAGGAUGCUUGCUGUAGCUUUGUGUUAACGUGGUAUCUCAUGUAAUCUUACUUCUCAAACUUGCUUCUCCGUGUUGUGUGUCUCCAGUUGGUGUUUGACAUGCUGGUCCUGCAAAAACACAACACAGAGAUGACGGUGGCAGCAGGUGAAGCUCUCUACACACUCGUGUGCCUGCAUCAGGUGAGAAAACUACAAACAACACCUUUAAAUGCUCCAGAGGUUAAAGUUGAUAUCCAAUAAAGAAAAACAACAUAUUCAUCCAGCAGCUGUUGUGAUACUUUGAAUCUCUUUCCAUUCCGUUUUUAUAAAAACAAAUUACUUCUUGAACCAGCAAAACGGACAAAUACAAUUUUUCAAAUUCCUUGAGGGAAGCAGCUGCCCCUCUUUCAGCGGCCCACUUUCAAACACGACGAAAACCUCCUUUAUUGAAGGCUAAUUGGUUAUAAAACUCACUGCGGGUUUGAAGAAAUAGAGACUCUUCUCAGGGUUAAAUUUGGCUUAUUGAAAUGGAAAAUUGAUGAGCAAUUAUGUUGAAGUAUGUGAGUGAAAACAAGCACCGCUGAGCUGCUCUGUGAGGCACCAGGGGGGCAGGGAGAAUUAGAGAUGACACUAAACACCCUCUAGUGGUUUGUUUGCAUCACAGCAGCUAAAGUCAUACUAAUAAGUAUGAAAGCACAGCUAAAUUAACAAUAAUAAUAAGAAUAGAUAAAGCAUCAGAUUUUAUGGCAUUUUUUGUCAGUGACCUCAAAGCGCUUUACAUUGGAUACAUCAUUCAUUCGCUCACACAGUCACACCUCAGUGGUGGUAAACUACCUUAGUAGUCACAGCUGUCCUGGGGCAGACUGACGGAAAAGUGGCUGCCAGUUUGCGCCUACAGCCUCUGCGACCAUUUAUUAUAACAAAAAUAAUUAUAUUUGAAGUACUUUGAUAGUUCAAUUAUAUAAAAUAAGGCUCACUUUAACUUGAACAAAACCUGCAGUUUGUAUUGUUCAAAACUUUUGAGUAGGAAGUGAAUAACCUGCCCUGAUAUCAGCAGAGGACUCAAUUAAUGCUGAUUUUCAAAAACAAAAUGUUAAAUAACUUUUAUGAUUCAUCAAACAAAACUGGAUUUGUUACUUUUAGUUAAAAACCACGGAAGUUAGUGGUAUUUUAAGAUGUUUUUUUUAAUAACAAUUUUCACCUUAAUGCUGUCUUACAUGUUAAGUUCAUUCAAGGGUGAUUUAUAAGAACUUUUUUAAGUUCCUAUAAAAAAAGUUUCAAAGCAGCUUUGAAAUCAAACUCCAACCAUACAAUUUAGGGUCAAAAUAGCCUCAUACGUACAGAUGACCCGUGUUCCAUUUUACCCUGUGGCCUCUGUCCUUACCCUGUGGCAUGUCAUUCCUGGUCUCUACCCUGUUUCCUGCUCUAUCCACUGUCAUCUCUCUGUCAUUAAAGGCCAGAAAAGACCAAAAUAAACAUAUGUGUAUUUAGUUUAAGGAACCUUCUGAACAUCCUGGGGUUUUAUGUCAGAUUGAUUGCUCUGAUAUGAAAUUGAACCCUGGGUUGACGCUCUGAUGUUCCUCUCCCGUCAGGCGGAGUACUCUGAGCUGGUGGAGACUCUACUCUCGUCACAAAGAGACGCCGUCAUCUACCAGCGGCUGGCCGACGCCUUCAACAAGCUGACGGCCAGCAGUACGCCGCCCACCAUGGACCGCAAGCAGAAGGUCGCUUUCCUCAAGAGCCUGGAGGAAUUUGUGGCCAAUGUGGGCGGUCUGCUCUGCGUGAAAUAA